UGGGUGCUGCAGCAGCAUCAGCAUCACUGGAAUGAGUAACAGUGCGCAACUUGGAGAAACAACUACGAGGAGGAGCGCGUGCUGGUGUGGAGUGACCUGGAGGCUUCACGAGCCGGUUUGUAAAGAUCCACGAGACGCAUUUAUGACGACGUAAAGGUGCCAACAAAAAAUAAAUAAAAUAAAAUCAACAAACAAAAAAACCUACAAGAACUCUGUGUGGAUGUGCCGAAAAGUAAGCCAUGGAUUAUAAGAAACACCACGGUUCUCAACUCUCUAUCGUCAUUCUGAUGAGUAAGUACACAACUCCUCUUUUACCUCUAUGAGUGUAGAGCAAAAACAACACAAAAUGUUGUAACUGCACUCAAACUUUUCCGCUCUAGUCCUCUGUCCUCCUCUUAUUUUCACUUCAGAGAAAAUUAAAUUGAUUAGUUUGGAUUAGAGAGUUUUUUUUAAGAAAUCUUUUUUUUUCUUUUGGGUGAAAUUUGCGAAAGGAACCGUAUAUUUCUCGUGUAUUAAAUUGUCGUUGUACUGCACGUAAGGAGAUGGUUUAUGAAUUUAAACAGUAGGUGGCGCUGAUUCUCCAGUUAAGCUUCAAUAGGCUAAUGCAGAAGAAGAGGCCGUAACGACGAAAGCGGUAGAAACUAUCCAAAAACAGGUAAAAACACUCAAUGUGUCCUUUUUUAUUCCACCAGACUUGUUUAAAUGGACCCACUCUUUUGUAUGUCACAUAGUAUUUUGCCCAAGCCUGCUUCAGUAUCUUAGCAUAUGCAGCAACUCACUUGCCCACUCAUUUCCUCGCACAGAUCCAAAGGUGUUUCCUCACCGUCUACUUUGAAAAACGACUUUGGAGGGGGUUUCAUAUUCCCUAGAGCCACACUAUAGAUAGAGACAUUGAUUUAUAUUCAUUACAACUGCAGCAUGGCCAAGCUUGGCCAAGACAUUGGCUCUGUAGCUGCAGCUGGAGAAUUGGCAAUUACAGACUAUUGGAUUCUUUGAUUUAAACCCAUCAAAUGUAGAGGAAAACCCAUUGUUUCAUAGUUGUUUAAAAACAUUUAUUUGCACAAUGAAAAAGUAGAAGCGGUUCAGAGCUUCCGUUUAUCAGGAGCUUCCCAUUAAUCAUUGUUUUCCUCUUUUUUUGUAGACUCUAAAACAGGCCUAGUUUCAAACAUGAAUUGACUGAGUGUUGAAGUCCAGCAGAGGCAUGUCAUGUGGGGAGGGAAACUAUGAUGAGCUGACUUAGAUUCAGUAGAGUUGAAUUAUUAGCAUUGCUGUGACUUCAUCUGGUUUAAAAUGUUCCCACGGUGCACAUUAGUUCACGUUUUAGAUGUCGAGACUGCAUUUUUACUCUAAAAGCCCACUAAGUCUUCAUGCCAGUGCUUGUUUUUUUUUACGAGACCGUUAGUGUGGUUCAAAUAUGUGUUCUCGUCUCUGAUGUGGGGCCACAUGCUUUAGUGUCUGUUGAAUAUUUGCCUUUGCAUAUGCUCAUGAAAAGUUUAUUUGAGCCAUCUUCAGGCACACUGUCAUCUCUCUAUUGAACAGACUGAGGGGGGAGGAGCUGGUUUCUUGGCUUGUCAAAUUUUUAAUUGGCUUUAGUAGCCACAAAGGCUGGACCAGUUUAAGUGGCUCUGUCUUGCUGCAGUCAAUCUCAGUGACAGGAGAAAACCCAGAUACUGUGAGCUGUGCCAAAACUCACAGUAUUAUGUCAAACCCCUCCCCCUCUGGUCCUGAAUUGUGUCCAGCAUGCAGUGUUGGUUGAGCUGCAAGUCAGGGACAUUUCUCUGGUGUGAUUUUGCAUUUGUGUCAUCUCAAAAUGAUCUAUAUCAUCAUGUAAUUUGCACCAGAACAUAUACUUUUAAGAAAUUUCUACAUUAGAUGCCCAACAUGUUCACACUGAAGUAAUAUGCAUGAAUUUUAUUCAUUUUAGCCCUCUAUUGCUGGUACUAAUAGAGGCAUUAUUCAACAUAUCUGUGGUUAUUAUUGGGCACUAACAGCUUUCAGUUAAUGUUUGGGAAAGAUGUGGCUUUUGAAAAAUAUUGAAUAAGUUGUUUUUGACUUGAAGCACAAGACUCACCAUGUUCACUAAAUUAAUAUCAAUCUAAAACCAGAAUGUCCUAACUUCGCAUCUCCUGCUGAUAUGUUGGCAGUAUGAGUACAGACACGUAUUGUUUUCGCUGUUUUAUGAUGAAAUUAUGAAACGUUGGGCUUGCUCUGUGGUUCACUUAAGCUUUUUUGGCUCAAGGAAACAGGACUGAUGGGAAUCUGGAGUAAUCGGGAGGCACUCUGUGUUUCUAGUUCUUUUCCAUGCUGUAGGUCUCUUCAAGGGGAGAAAAUGCAGCAAGCUGAGUUAUCUGUUUUUACAAACACCAUCUCAACUAAUGUACCUGAAUAAGCUGUAUUGGCAAUAUAAUCUCGCACUCUGUUUUUCUCUUUUUUCCUUCCAGUUUAGAAACAGUUUUAACCAUAUACAGCCAAUCUAAGAUGCAUUCGCUAUGAGAGAGCUGCUUUUUGGACUGACUCAUGCUGUCAUUUCUCUUCAUAACUACAAAGACUCUGCUAAAUUCCUUCAAAACAGAGACUGGAAAUACUGCUGUUCAGUUUUCAGCCCCAAUUCAUAUCUUCUGUAACAAAAAACAUUUAUAUCCUCGAUUUGAGUGUAGGCCCUGGUUUUAAUUUUAUUCUAUGGGAAAUAUAAUAUGUUUAAUGUUUACAAUCAGUAUGAAACCCUUUUAGGCGAAUUCUUUUCAUACUAAAUUUGAUUUAUGACUGUAGUGUUCUUUCAUUUCCUUCUGAAAGAACUUAAAAUUUUUACUGUUUUCAGACGUUUUCUCUUUACACUUGUUAGUUUAUUGGAAACAAAACUUCAGAUUGAAUGAAAUUAGUCGCCUCAAAAAGCUGAUACAUAAAGCUGCAAAAAACAAACUGUUAUUGUUGUUAUGUGUAUUAAAUUUCUUGUGACCAUGACAAAUUAGUAACUCAAACACACACUCAUACACACACCUGCCUCUUCUUUCUGCUCCUCUCCCUGCUCUCCUCUCUCCGCUGUAGUUCGCUGUCGCACAUGUUGAAAACAUGGCAGUCCACAGCUAUCGUCAGCGGUUGCUGAACUUUGCUGCACAUCAAUCUGAGCUAAUAAGAAGAGAAAGUGAGGGCUGUCAGAGGUGAAGGGCAGAGCACAUGCUCUUCACGGUUGUACAGUACAGUAAUUGCUCAGUCUUGAUUAUUAUUGGAUUUCACUUCGGGGAUCAAUAAAGUUCCUCUAAUCACAUUUUUAUGGUCACGGGGAGCCAUUGUCAUUAUUGAAACUCAAUCGACCUCUCAGCUCAACAAUUAGCUCACCUUUUUGGUUGUUGUCUAUCAUAAGAAUAAUUCUGUUUUGAUUGUAUUUUUGGAAAGUAAGGACUUUCAUUUUUGAUAUUCAUCUUGUGUUUGUGUCUUACCUUGUAAGAAAGUCGGUCAUUUUAUAGUUAUGUCAAACUACUCUUGUGAUAAUUUAGCUCACUGUAAAUAUGGACAAAAAGAUUAGCAUCAACAGCAUGAAGUUAUUAGAGUUUGAAUCUCAGUAGAGUGGGUCAUUCAAGAUCUGGACUCACAGGUUUGCUCAUCCUUCAAGUGAUUUUACUUUCUUGUUUGGAGUCAAGACUUGGAACGUUUAUUGACCAAUGCACUUUUAAUUUUUGUUUCAUAUGAAUUGAUUCAUUCAGAUUGAUCCCUUGCUUGUGUAAAAGUUUAAAACUCUACUCAACAGUAAGAGGUUUAAAUGCUUAUGCACAGUUUGGAGUUCUUUCAGGAGAUCAAAUGAAACAUUAAGAGACGGACUUGACCCCAAGACGAGCUGGGUUAAAGUGUAAACUGAUUAGUCUGAGUCUCUAAUGUGUUUGGGAAUUGGAUGCUAGUUCACUAAAUACCUCAGGAGUCAGAUAACUGGCUUUUCUGUUUGAUGAAUCAGAUCACUGGGUGAAGCCCUUCCUGAGGGUGCAAAAUAAAUCCCCUUUUGCAUCUGAAUAUUUUUCUUCUCCAUGCAAAAUACCUCAUUUCCUCCCACUGACUCCUUUCAUAUUUUCUCUGGCAGGGUUCACAGAUUGACUUCUUUUUUCAUAGUUUUUCUUUGAACCCCUGUGUUUUAUCAUUUUCUUCCCUUCUUAACCACAAACACAGAGAGACAGUGCUGUGUGCAGUGUUCUUAUAGCUCUGUUACUGAAUGAGAGUCACCUGUUGCUCAGAUGAGGAAAGACUUUUAGCAUUAGCAGCAAUCAAAAAGAUAGAUAGGGAGAGACAGCACAUCAAAGCAGUGCCUCUGUAGCACCACAAUGCUGGCUUGGUGACAGACAGAUGCACAGCUGCUUCUAUAUGGGGGUGACCACGGGUCAAAGCAAAGCAAACUGGAAGAUGUUUUGAGUUUCUGUCCUUGAAUUUUGUCAUCAAAAACAGAAGGGAAUGAAAAAGAGGUGGAUAGAUAUAGUCACAGUAACUUUGAGAGAAAACAUGAAAGCAAAGACAAACAUCAUUAACCCCAGAGUGAGAGAUGUACUAUUCCCGUCAAAUAAAGCCAAAACAGAGAGUAGGAAUGGAUUAUCUGACUUUUGUGUGUGUGAAAACACUUGAUCUUGUGUAUUUUAUAGGUGUGAUAUAGAGGAACACAAGCUCCAAAAACAAAGAAAGAUUAUACAGGCAGCUCUGGACAUGUGUGUUUAUUCUUAUACUCACACUCCCAAAACAACCAUGAGCUUGUUUACUUUCUCAAGAUCUGCAAAGUCUGAAGAAAUGGAUGAAACUCAAAAACAGAAUCUGGCCAUAGUACUGCAGGAACUUUAAAAGGCAUGUCAAAGUGAAGACUGCGCCAGUCUGUCAAAUCAGCAAAACAGUUUCUCUUUGGUGAAAAGAAACUAUUCUGGGCAGCUUUCUCCUUGAUGAAAGAACUGAUGGAAAAGCUAUAUUUUUUUCAUCUGAUUGAAUUGACAACUAACCUCGAUGAGAAUUUAUGUGUCUUGGACAGUUAUUUUAUCUAUUUUAAAAGCAUCCAGAAAUCACAUUUCCCAUCCACAGGUGGUCUUUGAUAUUUAAUACAAUCAGUAUUUUCCAUAAUUAUUGAACCACAUGAUAACAAUAUAUCACCAUAACCAUUCAAUGUGUUCUCCAACAAUAACAUUUUGAUAAAAAGCCUGUUGGAAAUCAUAAUACCCCCUCUUUAAAAACAACACUUGCAGUUACUUUCAAAGUUUAAAAUCAUCCUAUUUAGGCAUAUGUCAAAAUUAUUUUUACUGCCUUUUGCUUUUUAUUACUUCACUUGAACCCCCUUUGUACAUUUAUAGAGCGGUUGCUUUCAUGGUUUUAGACACUAAAAUUUGAUUUUUCUGUUAGGGCUCAUCAUGACAAACUGUCCAAAUGUCAGUAAAUAAUAAUUAAUGGUUAACAGUUGUGCUUAACACAGACAGGCAAGCUGUUUAGUACAAGAAGAAGUCAAAUAUUUUUUCACAUUUCUGUUGUGUUAGUUUCCCAACAUCUGUGCGACUGUCCUUUGCAGUUUCCCGCCCCCACACACUUUUUUACGAUGUGAGACAGAGUUGAAUUAUGUUGUGCUCUAGCCAUAAAGAUGCUUCACAGUGUCAGUGUCCCAGAUCUUCAUGUGGCGAGAAAUAACUUGGGAAUGACUUGAUUUUGUUGAAUGAAAACAGGCUGCUGUCAGAGGAAGCACGGGUAGAAAACAGAACAACAAAGUCUUGGGGUCACAUGUUUUGUAUGUGUGUGUUUUUGAGAAGCUUUAAUGUUUCAUCACAUCCUGAUGAAAUCAAUGGCUCUUCUACUGUCACACAGCAUUCUGACUCCCGGUGAACGCAAUGAGGGUUUUAAAUUUCAAAUUUUACAGUAACAUUAAUGUGUCAUGACCGAUUUCUCAGCCUGUUGUAAAGAUUAACAGACUGAAGCACAAACAGUGACAGGCCCAGACGUCUUAUUGUUUGUCUAUAAAAUCACAGACAGGGCAGCUUUCAGGCGAUUGUGGUGCUCCUAGUAAAUGUCUGCUCAAGCUGAAAAGCAUUUGUUUGUCAGAAAGCCUUCGCUGUAACUGCCCUUUUUUUUUUUUUCAAAGAAAUUUGGGAAAGAAAAUUCUCUUGCAAAAUGUCUGGGCAGCACAUACUGAUUCAAAAUCUGCAAAACACGACAGUGAGUCAUAAAGAAGACUGCUCUGGUUGUGGCGGUUUAUACGUCAAAGAGUUAACUUGUGAGUGGAGUGUGCCUCAGUUUUUUAUUGAGCUGCUGUUUGAUCUCUGUGAGGGAAGGUCAGCUCAGCAGCCGUGCAGACUGAGUGGGAGUUAGACUUUGUGGUUGGAGAUGAGAAGGACUGUUUCAGUCUCCUCAUUACCCCAACUCAUCAGAUGUCAGGCGCAGCUUGUAGACAAAAUUUACUGCCUGCAUGCCCUGUAGUGAUUUGUACAUUAUUAAUGCUUUGUGUUAUUCAUUCAUAGAUGCAGUUUCAAUUUAUUUGUGUUCCUGCGUGUCAUGUUCACUCAAUGCCAAGUAAAAAUAUGGAUUUCAUUAAAGGUUAAUAAGUGAUUUGUUACCACUGUUCUACAAAUCUAUGGUUUUUGGACUAUGGUGAACAAUUUGUCCAAGCUGUGCAGCAGAACUGUGAUCAGCAGAGAUUUUCUCAUCUGUAACACGUUAAUUUUAGCACAUUGUGAUCAGUUUACUGUUGAUAAGUUGUAAGCAGCAGGUCCUUAAUUAUCCAGAGUGAUACUCAUUCUAUCAAACGAAGGAACCAGAAGGACUAAAACCAAGGAAAAUAAGAGGAGGAUAUGCUUUUUUACACCCAAGGGAACCUUUUUUACUAGUAUUGAAUACAGGAGCCCUUGAACAUGCACUCUUUGCUCAAGGGCAGGGGUGGGCAAUCAUGUGCCAUGGAGGGCCGAGAGGCUGCAGGUUUUCUUUCCAACCCAAAACUCCACCAGGUGAUUUCACUGAUUACCUCACCUCCAAGCAGAGAGCAGGGACUAAUCCGUGAAAUCACCUGGUGGAGUUUUGGGUUGGAAAGAAAACCUGCAGCCUCUCGGCCCUCCAUGGCACAUGAUUGCCCACCCCUGCUCAAGGGGAACAAUGACUCUAGCUUGCACCUCUCCAGCAACCAGUCCAACACCCAUCCUUGGGUCUGUGCCUGAUCUUGAGCAAGCCACUCUCCAGUUCUCAAGUAAAGUCUCUACUGAGUUACUGUAGUGCCUCUCUUUUAGCUUAAGGAGGAAUAUCUUGUUUUUUUUUCCUUUUCUGGCAGCUUAAUGCCUGACUGCAUGUCUCUAUAUUUACCUGUCUGCUGUUUGGUGCUUGGUGAGUAAUGCACCAUGGGUCUUUUUGUUGAAAAGGGUGGCAAAAAAAUGAGACAAGAGAAAGAAUUAUUCAGCCGUUGAAACGCAAGUUUUUGUAGAUUGAAGCUUGUUUAUAAAAAGUGGGAAACAGUCUGCAGUAUUCUCUUCAGAUACGAGUUAGCCAAUGAGCCAAACAUGUUUCAGCCAGACAACAAUGAUUUUUUUGUCUUUGCUCCUCUAAAAGGGGAUCCUGUAGGGAUGACAAAUGACUGGCAUUAUUGUCUUUGAAAAGUGCACAUGACCUGGUAAAAAGUGUAUAAUUGAGUUAUGUUUUUACCACUUCUUCAAGCAAACCACUGUGUUGCCACUUUAUCUGCUUAUUUGAUUAGAACCAAAAACUUUGUAGUGAUUUGGAAUUUGUUGCUUUCUGUGAUUUUUUUCUUUUAGAUGACUCAACAAAAUAUGUGGAUGUUUUUAAAUGUGCAUAACAGGUUGCACCUCCAUUCCCUGGUGUUUAAGGUAGACCCUUAUACUUGGAGUAAGUUUGCCAUCCCUUCCUCUUAGUCUUGACCUUUUUGUAGUUCCCACACACCAACAUGGAGAAGGAAAGAGGAAAAAACUGAAAGAAAAGUACAGUAUGUGGUGAGAUGUUAGAAAGAGAACAAACCCACGCUGGGUAUGACCGCACAUUUUCCUUCCCCCAUCUCCACCAGAGCGAGGAGAGGAGGGAGGAAACAGAGAGGCAAGAAGCCUGUUUGAGCAAGAGCUCACCCCUGCAGGGUUUGUCUGUACUUUACAAAAUUGUACUUUUUACGGUGAACCAGGUGUGACAUUGCAAAAAUGCACCCUUUAAACUUUGCUUAAUGCAUUUAAAAUCCUGGAUAUCACUUUGAUGUUAUAUCAAGAUCCCAGUUUGAAUUUGGUCAUUUCAUCUGAUAUCACAGGUAGGAUACAGCAAAAGGCAAAAGUUUACAUGGAAAAGGGGGUGACCGUUUGAGAGGUCAAGACUUGACCCUUCAGAGCUUGGUAUUUACAAACAUGAAUUGUGUCAGGGCAUUAAUGUAGACAAAAAAAAAAGAGAAAUUUCCCCGGCAAAAACACAUCACAUCACAUUAAUAUACUGAGAGCUUUUUACCAUUACCACCAGGCUUUAUGUGCAUGCAUCACUUCUGAACAAAUCACAUGUUCCCCUUUCAUGGCAGAUAACUUGUCACCACUCACCUUGGAUUAUACUCUUAUUAACCUACGCGUGUCCUGUCUUUUAUCUUCAUAUUCAUAUCUGGUUUUCAGAUAAAACGGACCUUCUGUGUCAAAGUGUUUUUGCCCCUCUUAGAAGAAACCGCAUACCCCCACAAUAAGCCGGCAAAUUGAAGCCAAGCUGCAACCAAUUUAAUCACAAAUUAAGUUAGGAGACUUCUAUUUAUUUGGGACAAGUGAAAGCCUGAUUUUCUACACAUGAGUAGGUCAUUCAUUAGUGUGCCUUGGAGCAGAUAAAUACUAUUGGGCUCAAGCUGAGAUGCAUUUACUUUGACAUGCAUCAAGUUCCCUUUAGGUGUCUGGGGAAAUCUUCAGAGCUACAUCUUUGGAAGGGAGUGAACCUCUUGAAGAACUUUUUAAAGACCAUUAUUCACUCCUUCAUGUAGACUACAAAAGAACUCCUAGUCCUCUUUGUAGCUCAGAUUGAUAUACUUUAGCAAACAGAGCAGCUCAAUGUGAAUUCAUGGAUGCGUGUCUACUAUCAUCCAUUUGAAGAUUCUUCAAUGCUGCCUGUCUACUGAUAAUUACAAUACCUGUAAUGCUGGAACACACUAUUGAUUGGUUAAACAAAGUGAUGUUUUUUGGGGUUUUCAGUAACACUUCAGUACUUUUUCAUUUUCUAUGCCCUGUCAAAGAAAGCAGUACAGUUCUCUUUCUCAUCUGAGAGUCUAAUUUUAUUGUCUGGGAACAAGGGUAUGAUUAGAGAACUGAAAUGUCCAAAGACGACAUGUUUUAUUUUCAGGGCUGUGAAUAACUGAAUCAAACUUAUACUGUCCUCCUCAAGGGGCUGAUCCACGUAUUACAAGUGGUUUUCUGAAACAUAUUUUUUGCAGAUGAAUUAAAUGAAAUGAGUGGAUUUUCUUUCCCCACGUCUUAUUCGCAAGUUCAGACAUGGAUAACAAGAGCUUCAACCUUAAAGUUGAGGCCUUUGUCUGUAUUGAGUGCCCAAAAGGACUCCUUAUAAAAUGUGUGAGUCAUGAGCUUUGUCCUAACAUGCUUUUAUUAUAUUACUGAAAAGAACUUGUAUAAUUCUUGUGCUUUCUGCUAGAACUAAUUCAUUUUUGUGUUCACAUUUCCUCGGCUGGGUCAGAGAUUUGCCCAUUUCUUUGGCAGAGAUUUGCUGAGGUAGUGAAGAAACUCCUUGGCCACUUUUUUGGGCUUCAGGGAGGUGGUGACAGGAGACUGCGGCCAAUUGUUGAAGCUUGUAUACAGGAGGGCCAAUGACUGUGGAAAAAAACGAUACAGCUCUUUAUCUUUGGGGUACCAGGACAAUGUUGAAAGAGGCCACCUACCUUGCUCUUACAGGGGGGGUACUGAGAAUGGGUCACUGCUACAAAAAAAUAGCAAAUUAUUAGCGGAGGAGUUGUGCCAGUAUUCCUUGUAUAAAGUCAAAUCUGUCUGUGGUAGGUGAUUACCUUCAACGGGGUUGUGUUUCAUUGCUGAUUUGGGCAGCGAUGCUUUCCAGAGAGUUGAUAAAUGAAGCUCAUGAGAGAUGAUUCAAAUCAGCAAGAUGAAAAAUGAAAAGUUAUACCACUUUUUUAAAGAACAGAAGGUGCUAUCUGCCUUUAACCUCUCUCUAAAACCAUACUGUAUGGCUCUGUGUAGCUGAACAGAGACAUACAGACAUGGUGCACAUGGUGCUCCCUGCACUUAAUAUCUGGGCAGCGUUUCCUCUCCUGAAUGGUCCUCUAAGUGAAGACUGGAGCACAGUUGUAUUGUUUUUAAAUUUCUUUUUCCAUUUAUCUGACCUACCAGACAAAAAAACCCACAUUGGUGUCCUUGUCUAUGUGUUGAUGUUCCAGCUGAUUGAAAAUGGUUUACAAUAAAUUUUAGAUGUCCCUGUUUUCAAAUUAAUUUCCACUUUAAAAUGAAAGAAAGAUUACAAGUAGUGUCUUUGUUUCUCUGCUACCCUCCAUUAGAGAGAGAAGUAACAGAAAGAAAGACUUACACACAAGGUCAGAGCUUAUGCCUCUUCAGUGGGUGCUCAUGCUCAAAAAGAACCCCAAACAAAACCCUGAAACCUUCUUUUCAUUUCCUGCCAUAACACAACAAAUUAGCAGAAGCACCUGAGCUGUCCUUUCAAAAUAAAAUCAGAUUCCUCAUCCGGGAUAAUUCCAGGAUCAUAAAAUAAUAAUGAAAAAAUAAAAACCCACAUAUAACAACCCUGUGUUUGUAAUUUUGUGGACUGAGGCAGGGUAUGUCUACUGCCUUUUGCAGGUGAUUUAGUCGUCUUACCUUUUUAUAAGGAGAAAUGGCCUAGUGUCAUGGGGCUAGCAGUCAGUCACUUCCCAAAGGACUUGAAGUUUUAUGAGAUUUUGUCCACAGAUGAGGGUAAUGAUGGGGGGUCAGGUCCACAGACGAAGAGGUGCGUUGUGAGUAUUGGGUGUGCAAUUAAACCACUGGUGAAUACAGGGCUGAAGACAAAGCUCUCAGUUGGAUGGACUUUCCUUUCAAGCAUCAUCUCUGGGUGUUUACUGAAAGAAGAAAGCACCAAAAUGAGGUUCUUCCGAGGCUUGGUCUUGUUGCACUGAAAUGAGCCAGCUGAGGAGGCUCAGGCAUCUUAUGAGGAAGCCUCUUGGGUGCCUUUUUUGGAGGUUUUUGGAGAUCCUGGUUUAGAGCAAGAAUAUGCAGGACAAAUCACUUAUCUCAUCUCUCCCCAUAGUGGGUUUACUAGGGGUAGUUUUUGCAAUAAAAACCUAAUCUAUCACAAGUUGUGUUGUUAACUAUGUGCAAGUGAAAGGAAAGAAAUUACAUUGUUACUCAUAAAAUGAUCGCAUAGACUUUUUUCUGCCAUGUACUCUUUGAUCGGAGAAGUCAUGGGUCUUAUAAGCUUCAAAUAAAUCUGUGUUUUGGAUGUUAAGUCCAAGCAGAAACACACAGUUUCAAUCAAACUCAAAUAACACCCAUCAGCAAGGAAAAAUUGAUUUUAAAUUUGCUGUAGUAAUGAGAUCUGUCAGUAAUUAUUCCCACAUUACCUAAAUGGUAAUUCGUGUGUUUACCUUGGCAACAGGCAUCUCUUAGGGGCUGAAGCUAAUUUAGAGGCCUUGGGAGGGUUUAGGGUUUGGUUUAAUGAGUGUUAUAGCUCUGCUUUCUGGUGGCAUUGCACAAAACUGACAUGAAAUUCAACUCCAAAGUAGUUUUAUGGUUCAGUGUUGUGCUGGUAUGUUCAAGUGGUUUCUGUGUGUUUGCGUCUGAAGCUUAAUAGAUGAGGUUUCUUGGAGUUGAUAGCAGUGUUUGCUUCUUUUGGACGGGCCUCUGAGAGCAGACAGGAGCACAAAUGUGUAUUGUAUAUCUGACAGGUUGAUGACAGUAGAAUGAGAAAUAAACAAACAGUGUGUUUAAAGUUCAAGUUUAAGUUGUGGAUUAGUUUGAAAUGGCUAUACGUAUCGCAUUUGAGAAAUGAAGCCUUAUCUGAAAUGUUUUUGCAGCAUGAGUCAUCUCUGAAUGACAGUAGAGUAAAGACACACUGUUCCCUGCUGGAGGAAAGACAGACAUUCAAUGAGCUUCACAUUUUGCAGCUAAUCUUUGUGAAAAAUCUCAAUAGGUCUGAAAAACCCUCUGUACUUGUUUGGAUUGGUUCUGUCUGUUUUUAACCAGAAGAUAGAGUAACACGCUGCACACUGUUUUGGAGCAAAUUAAUAAUAUCUACAUUCAUAUUUUCAAACAUUAGUCAGUAUUGUGACUGGAAUAAAAUCCUGUUUAAGUAUCCACACAUCAUAAGUAAAGAAGAAAUUUAUCACUUUCUUUCAACCAUGAUACAAUUCUUUGCAACACAAUGCACAAGUAUGAUGAUGACAGCAUUAUAUUAACUAUCUUUAUGGUCACCAUGACACCAACAAUUCUUGUUUUUGUAGUUUCUGCCCCAAAAAACAAAAUAAAAUUGAUAAGUCUGGUGAAACAAACAGGACAUGACAAAUGUGCUUUCUUCAGUGUCGUUUCUUCAAAGUUUCGCCCUUUUCUCUUUUUUUUAUUCUAACAUCUGGUUCUGAACCCAAUAAAAAUGUAGUUUGCUUAUUACAAAUAACUUGCAGUAUUCAUGUGCAAAAAUUGAAUUAGAGCAUUUUGAACUUUACUGAGCCCAGAGAGGAAAUUAGAUUUAGACUAAAUUAUCGCAUGGACAUAAAAGACAUACAGUAUGCUUGCGGUCAAAACAGCUGCAGAGACAUACAGAGACAGUUUAAGUUGUGAAUAUAAAAAAUGUGUUGCUGAGAGUCAUUUAACCAUAAAAAACUGACUGAUUUUAUUUGAUUUGCAGUAAAGCAUGAAUAUUGAAUCUGUACAGCGCAGUCAAACCUGGAAUCAGAUGUGGCAGCUGAAAAAGUGAAUUUUACUGCCCAUUUCACUCAUUUGGCUUGCCUUUGCUGUUUAUUACUUGUCAUAACAUUGGCACUGAAGAAUGUGCAUUCAGUCAUUCAGCCUUUUGUUUGUGGGAGGGAACAAGAUAACUUUGAGAUGCAGAGCUGAGAGUCAGAAACACUUCACACACGUAACAGGAUACAUUUUUGUGUAGCAUUGGAGGUUCUAUCUUAAAGAUAAUUGUACAAAUCCUGGUUUGAAACCACAAAUGAAUCAACCUAAAAAAGCCUAAACCCAAAAUAUUUCAGAUUCUCUCCAAAUCAGUGUCCCUUUUUGGGUUAUUUGUGUCAGGCAAUAUUAUUUCUUUUUGUUUUGAUUACUGAUCAGACAAAAAAGUGACACAAUGACAUUUUGGAAACCAAGAAAACAGCUUGCAUGAAUUUAGUUUAUUAAUGCUAAAGUUGAACUGACACGGAGACGUAAAUUUUAAGUUGUUUUUUUAAUGAUGGUUCAAUAAAAACUCUCUCUCCAAACUGUGUUUCCAAACUGAGUUUAUCCAGGCUUUGUCACUUAGAGAGCUUUCCUUGUAGUGAGAAAAGUUCAGCGAUUUAUUGUUUGUUGCAUAUUCUGUUUUCUGCCAAGGAGUUCUGUUAAAAAUCAAAUUAUUUUAUCUUCAAUAUACUACUUUUCCUCUGCUUUGUUACACUGCAAACUGCACGCCCGAGUCAGAGUAAUUUGAGGUCACUUUGGGUUUUUUUUGGUACCCAGAACACGAUCUUGUCCUUCACCCCUAACAAAAAUAAUUGUGACAGCUCAUACUUAAUCUUGGCCCGAGGGUUUUCCCAUCAGAGGGAUAAUAAAACUUUUUAAAUAAAGAUUUGAAGGAGUCUUGUGAACCAUAUUCACAAAAAGACAUUAUCUUAAAGAAAUCAGAUCAGGCACUUAUUUUUGUUGUUGAUUUGGAGGUGUGCUACAUUUCACUGUACUAUCUGAGGGUCAUAACGAGAAAUCUAGUCAAUCCUUACUUGAAUACCACCAAAUUGUACCCAACGUUAUAUUUGGAUACUUUUCAAAAAGAGCAGGCCUGUCUCUUUUCAACAGGUCACAGAAACCCAACACAGGUUCACCCUGAGCUAGCCUUUGGUGACAGAGGCCAAGAAAAACCCGUCUUUUAACAGGCAGAAACCUGAGGCAGAACCAGACUCAGGGUGAAAAAACCAUCUGGCAUGACUGAACGGGGUGAGAAGAGAUGUAGUGGUUGUUGGAUUUUAAAGCACAGACUCAAUGAUAAAAUCAAUCCUCUCAUGAACCUCUUGAAACUGUUAAAAGACAGCUAUGUGCCCGAAGUAUAACAUUUGCUCUUUAGACUCCUUUAUGAAUAUUACUUUCUUGUGCAACAAUUUCCUCCACUAGAUAAAGCCGGCAGAAACACUCAUGUUAUGUACAACAUGCGUCAUGAACCUUGUGUCACCUCUCAUCUCUUUGAUAAUGCAUAUCCAGGGUCGGCUCACCUCUCUCUUCCUGUUUUAUUUACAGUCUGCAUCACUGAAAAGAAGUUGUGAAUGGAAAUACAUAAAAGUUCAAUAUUAUCAAAUAUAUGUCCUAUAUUGGAAUAGCAAUAGUGGCUCCUGUGACACUGAUGCUGUAAAAUCUCAUAUUCACAUUACCUCAGUCUCACUGCUGCAACAUGCCUCUCACCCACAAGCUCUUCCCAUCGUUUGUAACCACUUGUUGUUCAGUCCGAAACUCCCUCCUGUCUAUUUUCAGCCGUCUCAUUGACUUAAUGUCUCUGACAGCUUUGGGAACUGGUUCUGGCUGGAUUUUGAUGUUCAAAGGAGAGGACAAGAUGGCUAAAACUGGUCAUUCACAGUCCUCUGUGUGUCCUCAGGUUUUUAGGUUUAUAUUUUCCGCAAAGAUGUAAUUUCAAACGGUGAUUGUCAGUUUGUGACAGCCUUGUUUGAUUUAAGCCUUGCUGCCCCCUUGUUUUCUGUCACACACCCUCAUAAUAAAGUAAAGUUCAGACACACAUUUGGAUGCAGUUAAAGUGACAGACGUGCAGUUACAAAGGCCAAACACACUGAAUGGAUCAUUUUGAAAAUGCCAAAUGGGAAGUAUUUACAACACUUCAGCUCCUGAGCACUCUUACUGUCAGCCAAAUAUGGAACAUCUUUCUUUGAACUCUCUCCCAGGAGUGUUUUUGUCUGAUUCUCCGUCUCCUCUUUACUUGUGCUAACACUUAACCGGGGGAAGUUGUCUCUGGAUGUCUCAGAUCAUGGUUCGCACUGUGUGGAAAUAAGGGAUAAGACCUACAGUGAUGGGGGAUUUUGGGGGCUCGGAGCUUUGAUGUGCAGAAAUGGGAAACCUUUGAGACUUAUUGUGAUGUGUUGGUGCGUGUGGUGAGUUUUAAUGCAGCUGCAAAGGAACCAGGCUCAAUUCAUGGAGCGCUAAUGAUAAAGUUAUCUUUUGGUAAAUCCAUCAAAUAGUGGCAUAGAUAUUCUGUGCAAUGUCACUGAAUAUUUGUGCUUCAGUUCGAAAAUUGUUCAUAAGAUUAUUAAAUCCCUAAGACUUUUGGUAAGUAUUUGCCUGUGCUACUGAGCAGAUGACAUUUGUGGUUUGGAGUCAAAUUUCUCUAAAGCCAUAAAAUUUAGUUUAAUUUAGUUUCCUACAGGGUGAAAUGUAAGAUCUCAAGGCAUAAGGUCCAUGCAAUGAAAGUAUAAAAAAGUCAGAAAGAACUAAAUUUUAUUAUCAAGUUAUUGAUCUAAAGCAUCUGUCAGGUACUUGACCUGACAGGUUGGUAAUCACACAAUACAUUUUUUCCUCUCUCUUUUUUUUCAAUAAACUUUGUUAACAAGCCAGACGUCACAUAUUUCAAAGUGGUGUUAAUAAGAAAAAAAAGAAAAUUACACUGUGGGUUGCUAUGGGAGGAGAAGGGGAGGGUGACUCAGACUUAGGUCCAUGAGUGGCAGGGCUGCUGCAUCUGUUUUUGUAACAGGCAACAUUGCAGAGGAUUACUUCAGUGGAUGCUCAAGAGUCACAACAGCCUGAACAAUGCAUUCAAAGUUGUGUUUUAUUCAGAGAUUUAUCAAAUUGAUAAGAUGCUCUGCUAGCUUAGGAUAUAGCAAAUAGACACCGCCUUUUCAUUUCAUUUUAGAGGACACCAUUAUGCUUUUCUCUGUUUUUUGCUUCAUUUUUUUUAGUUAAAAUGUGGCACUGCCAAAAGAACAAGAGAGGCAAUGACAGGAAUCCUGGGGAUUCCCCCCAAACAGUUUUCUAAUUCAUUUUUACGAUAAUGUGUUAAUAUUUUUUCUUGGGAUGAAUCCCCCUAUUUAUGGAUUGUUCAAUCUUUCCGGUUUCCAUAUUCAGGAAUCUAUCCAAAGCUACUUCUGUUCUAUAAUUACUAAUGAAAAGCUGCUUGUCAUUGCCGUCACCCUGCAUCGUUAUCAGAAACAACUGCUUUUAAUAAACUGCCCUUUAAAUAAAUCAAUUUGUCCUGCUUGACCUCUUGGACCUUGCCUUACAGGCUCCAGAAAACAGUCACGGUACUGUCCAGAGGCAGUUUCAGGGGUUAAGUAGCAAUGACCCUCUGCUGUAUGAUCAUCCCCCCUCACUGUCUACUGGUCAUGCUGGUUAGUAUGUUGAAUGUCAUGUCACGUGUAAAGUGUACUGCCUCUGAAACAACAUGGCUCUAUUUCUGGAGCAGCUUUGUAGAGUAAGUGUCUAUAAUGGGAGCAGGAGCCACUGCAUGCUGAGGUCUGAGGUAUGCUGCUCAUUAGACAGGGGACCAGUCUGUCUCUGGUCUAAUGGAUGAAGACAGACAAAUAAGAGUGGCGCUUUCAUCUACUUCAUUUAAAAAAAGGUAUGAUACAGUACAAUACAAGAAUACAACACAAGAACUUUAUUUAUCCCCAAGGGGAAAUUCAUUUAUUUGGACUCUUGGAUGAACUGCAGAUAAACCAAGUUAUGAUCAGACCUACCCAGGGGUGAUAAGGCAGUGGCUCUGUAGGCUUCUUUGAUGUUGGCAUACAGCAGAUCCAGAGUUUUGUGUUCUCUGGUUAGGACAGUUAACAAUCUGUAUGAAUCCAGUCAGGUGAGAGGAGAGGGGGACAUGGUUGAAGUCUCCUGAUAUUGAUGGUGAGUCUAUAUCCUAGCAACAGCAUCACGGAGAACAUCAUACAGAACUUCAGUCAUUGCCUUGGGUGGGAUGUAUACAAAUAUUGUUAUGAUAUGACUGAGCUUUCUUGGAACAUCAUAUGGCCGAAGGGCAACAGCCAACAGUUCAAUAUCUGGACAACACAACUUCUCCUUAAAAGUUGUGUGUGAAGGGUUAUACCUUCUCUGGUUAACAAAAAAAGCCAGCGCUCCUCCUUUCUUCUUGCCACUAGCUUUAGAAUCUUUGUCUGACCUUAUGGGAGUGAAACCAGGUAGACCCACACUGGAGUCCCAGUUGUUUUGAUUCAACCAGGUGUCAGUAAAACACAGGAGACUGCACUCAAGUUGUGCUUUCUCAGUCUUCACCAAUACCUCCAGCUCAUCGCUUUUGUUGGGCAGGGAGUUAACGUUUCCUUUGAUGACCGAUAAGGAGUGGGCUUAUAUCUCCAUUUCCAAGUCUUCAACUUGGCCUUCACCUUUGCACCAGCAUGGCAACCACGAAAACACCUCCAGAUGUCUGAUGGAAUUGGAUGUUGUUGCAUUCCUGAAAAUGUCUUGCUCCACAUCUGUCAAGAUCUAGAUGAGACUCAGAAGGCAGGACAUAUCUUCUGUUUUUAUUCAUUAUUUGCCUUCUCUGUUAUCAUUUCCUGUAAGCCUCCAUUGUACUUAUGGGUUAAAAAAGGAGGAGGAAAAAAAAGCUUAGGUACUUGCAUCUUCCCUGAAAGUAAAUCACUUAUCUUUAUAAAAAUAAAAAAAAAACACUACUAGCAGGUAGAAGUUUUUCCCAAAGAGUGAAUUGGACUUAAUCAUGGCUUAGAAAGAUGACAAGUAAUUAGCUCUGAAUGUUCUGAAAUGUCUCUCUUUGGCAUUUUGCACCAUCACAUGAUGUUACUGGUAUGACAGCCCCCUUACUUGAUAUUAAAUUUCCAGAAUAUUACAUGCCGUACUCUUGAGUAAUGUCAACAGUAAGCUGGCAGGAAAUGUUCAUUAUAAAGUCAGGGUAGAGUUGUUGUCUACUCUGGUUCACACAUGCUGCUGAGCUAGGAAAUGAAGUUUUUAGUAGUUUUGUGCAUGUGUUAAAACAGCUUUAGGGUUCAUUUCCUAACAUCUUUUAUCAACAUUUAGUCUUAUUUUAUGAGGGGGGGUUUGCAGGUUGAUGUUAGGAUGUAAAACAGAUGUACAAACCAUUCACCACUUUAAGAAAUACAGCAUGAACUGACUUUGAAUGCAAGUUUGAGGGUGUGAUUUAUAACACAAACUCAAAGUAAAAUCUUGAGCAGUAAGCACUCCAGCUGCAUGAAAGGUCAGCGACUGUCCAUAUGCCAAGUGAUAUUUUCCUGUUUAAUGUGUCAUCAUAAUUUAGUUUUUUUUUCAGGCUGUCAGAUUUCACAGGCACUGUCGCUGUGAUUGUUAACAUUUCCUCACUAAAUCCUCAAAGGAAAAAGUCACAGAUAAAUACUUGUCAGGUCAAGGUCUUUUAUUGAAUUUUGUCUCCAUGGGCAUGAAUUUCAAAAGAGCUGCACCACAAAGUUGAAGUUUGCAACUGCACCGAUGUUUAACAGAGUAUGCUGAUACCUUAGGUGACUGCAACCUGAGAGGUGACACUACAUGUGGUUCCACUCAUAAAAUGUGUUGCCGUCAGCACCUCCAAGGAUAUGAGAGUAUUAGGGUUUCUUUUUAAUUUACAGCCUCACUCAUCAGGAUUAUGUCAGCAGAAUGACUGAGUGUUGAUAGGGAAAAUGGGUAAGAAGGGGUUUUUGAAAAGUGAGGAAAUUUCACACUUUCACACCCUAUUCUGACUAACUAUCCACAGACAUGUCCCGCAUCAACAAUCGUCCACACUCACUAUCACAUCUCCUGCAUUGUCUUUCCACAUACCUGUUUGUGUCUUGACCUGUGUUUUCAUUUUGCUGGAGUCAAGUUGUCAAACUCUUCAUCAGCGGCAGACUGUAGCUAUUUAAGUAACUUCCUCUCGAUAUCAAUGUUAUUCUCCAGCACGCAUUUUCAAAUGAUUCUGGCUCAAUGUAGGGUGAUUGGGUCAAUGAAGGAUAGAAAAUACUUUUUUUUUGCAGCUUGAAGUACAGUACGUACACGCCUCAAAGGAAAACAAUGUCUGUAUCCACUCUUCCUGUCUUUGUUCCUCUCUGCAGUUAGCAGCACCUGCCAGGCUCUGCUGGACCGCUUUCUAGAGGAGAGCCUCUCAGAUCAGCUGUUCCCUCAUCAUCUGGGUUUGGAGGAUGACAGCCAAAGUAAGAGUUAUGAACAUGUCUGCACACAGUCAAAAGGAAAACAAGUAUUUCCAUGAUUAUUUGUGGUUGUGGGCCUCAUGCUGGAUUGUAUGAUGAGAGAAGCUGAGACAUUUUUUCAGGAAUGCUGUUCAGUCGUUUGUCCCCCCUUUUGCUGCAUCUGUUGUCAGGGUUGAACAAAAAUUUUUAGGUUAUCUCUUGUGUGCUUGUCCUCAACCAGAAUAUAUCAAGCAUUACAAAAGAUACAGGAUUAUAUAAAAAUGAAUUACUACCCACUGAGCAAUAGACGGCUAUUAGAUGUCUAGAUUCUAGAUAUUUUUAGAGGGGAAUUUAGACGUUGCACUUUAACCCAUUAUUCAAUAACUGUUUAUUUCAAAAAGCAGCUGUGAGUUGCAUAACUGAUCUUUAAUCACUUUUCCAAAAUAAUGAUGUCCAUUGAGCAAUAUACAGUUAGACCUCUGUUAGCCAGCUAAUCUAAAAUUGGUCUAAAUAUAGAUGUCUAAAAAAAUGUUUAGACCUGUGGUAGCCUGGUUUUAGACCAGUUGUAUAGGCUACAUUUAGAUGUCUAUUAGACCUCUUUUAGACCAAAAAAUGCUCAAUAGGUCAACUUCAGCUUUUUUAUUGCAAAUGAAGUUGCAGGAUGGUCUUCCAGCAUUCAUUCCUUGGUAUGUUUCUCUAAUAUUGUAACGGGUAUAUUGUAUGAACCCAAAUGCAGUACAAACAAGGCACAGAAUCGAUGUUCAGUCAAUAGAUUUAUUAUCAGGAAUCUGGCACACAGACAUUUCAGUGGCUGGGCAGGUGGCUUGGUCAGGGCAGGCAGAAGUUCAGAAACCAGGAGGCAAGCAGACCAGGCAGACAAUCCAAAGAGGGGCAGGCAGAACUCGUAGUCAGGAACAAAAGGCUGAGGUAAUUUAACAGGAGGCAGACGAAGCAGGCAGGUCGUAGACAGGCGGGGUCGGCACCGGGAAGACGGACAGAAGAACACUGGAAAGUCUCACAUGGCAAAGAACAAUAUGGCACUAUGUGAGUGUGAGGCUGGAGAAUAUAUACUGAGCAGAAGGCAGGGGAGCUGAUAAGUGAGUGAGGGCAGGUGUGUGAUCAGUGACUGAGAGUGGGUGUGGUAAUCAGGGAGUGGGUGUGGUGUGAGCAGGGCAGUGGAAAAUUACUGAGUCCAUGGGGAAAGGCUGGAGCAGACUGUGACAAAUAUAAGUAGACAAACACAUUAAAAGAAAGAAAUUUUAAAAAGAGGACAGCAAAAAAUGGGUAAUUUGCAUAUCUAGAGUUACUUAAUUUUAGUUUACAGCAAAAGAACAAAGAAGUACAUUAAAUAGAAAAGAACUUAUACAUGUUGGAGGAAAAUCCCCCUGACAAAAAGGAAGUAAAGCCAAACUGAAGUUUCUCACUAAGAGUCUGCUGCUUGCAGGAUUUAGCCCGACAACAACAUACUAAUGCAAUGGUAAUGAUUACCCUGGUAAAUUUGAGUAGUCGGUGGUCUGACGUCAAAAAUUGCUUCGUUGGAAGUUACAUUUAAGAGAUGAGACUUUGAUCUGUGAAAAUUUGUCCUUAAAGGUCAGGAAUGAUUACUCUGCCAUUUAUCACCCACAAGUAUGAUGAUUAAAAGGCAAACUAAUUGGUUUGAAGUUCAAGUAGGGCUUUGAGUAAAAGUAGUAAAAACACAGCUGUUAAAGAGCUGAAAUGACAGAAAUAAACAAGACAAGGAAAUAAACAAGCUUUUGAUAAGGAAAACCAGCCAACCAGAAUAUUUGGUCAAAGUGCGAGUAUGUUAUUUCAGAAAGUUAUUAAAGUGUGUCUCCAUGACAUAAUGAUUUUAUUUCUCCUUCAUCUCCAGUGGGUGUCUUGUGGCUGUUUGCUAAAUUAGCAGAAGUAUCAGUUUCCUCUCCAGCCAUCAUGUGAUGUCUGAAGUGCCUCCGCAUUUCUUCCCUUAGCCCAUCACAGACAGACACAUAGACACUCUGCUUUGACAAAAGCUCCAUUUGUUAGGCUGUCUAGCACAUUUUGGUUUCUAAUUAGAUUAAAAGGAAAUUUCGGCCAUAAACCAAGGAUAUUAUUUGACUGUGGCAGGUUUGACCCGGGGAAUUUCAAAAACAUAUUUUUGUUAUCACAAAAUAUUAGUAUGAAUGUUGCUCUUUUAAAAAACUUCAGUGAUUAUUGGAUAAAAGACAGAGUGUUUUACAAACUACUUGUAAGCUAUAAAAAGUUGAGCUCCUAGUUGAAUUAAGCUUCACUUCACUUUAUUAGCGGCUGCAUCAGUGUUAUUUUCAUUUAUUAUGCUCUUAGUACCACAUUUGUGUUUAAUUGGAUGAUCUGUUUCAAAUUGUGAGCUUUAUCUACAAACGUGGAUAAACAUGAGUUAGAGGCUUGUAACUUGUAACUACAGAAACUAAACUUUAAUGGCUCAGGAUGGUUUAGUUGGAUAAAUGGUUUGAUUGAUCUGGAUAAAAAUGGUAUGAUAAAAUGUAAGUUGGCACGUUGAAUUGUUUCUUUGAUAUCUGAAACAUUUUAUCUAUUUAUUUUUUUCUUAAAAAAUACAAGUUACAUCAUCUUCUAUAAAAAAAAGCAUUUAGCUAGGUAUUAAAAAACACAAACAGCUAUAAAAAUGUGAACUACAAAUAUCCUGUAAAGACUUGACUGUAUCUUUUAAAUGAAUUUGUAAAAGUUAGGUGGGCAAGGUCUUACAACAUGAUCAAUAGAUGCUGUGACAAACUGAUGUCCAGUAUUGGCCAUUUCAUUGACAAUUUAGUGGAGCUACCCAAAAAAAUAUUUAUUAUUAUUAUUAUUAUUAUUAUUAUUAUUAUUAUUAUUAUUAUUAAUAAUAAUAAUAAUAAUAAUAAUAAUAAUAAUAAUAAUAACUCAAAACUCAGGACCAUGCUCUCAAAACCUUCCUCAAAAUAACUCUGAUCUACGUUUAUGUAAAAGGCUGAGAAAUAAGGUGGUUCAACAGUUUUGCAUCUCAAAAGCUCAUCAUAACAUUUAAGUUAUAUCAUUUGGAGCACAUAAAUGGUCUUAUGAAACGGGCAACUGAUGUUACAAAUAAAUAUCAAAUUAAAUUAAAAGAAAAAAAAUCUAAUUCUGUCCAAGUUGCUACAAAAACAACAGAAUUCUUUAUUCAAUCUGUCAGAGAUCUUCCCUCAAACUUAUCUCAUAUAGUUUCUGAUGUUGAUCAUGAUGAUGCCAAGUCAUUUCAGAUCAAGGAAGUUAACCAAUGGAUUACGGAUCAAGCUUUGGACAAAAUAAACAACACUUUUGCAAAAGACAUACACAUGAAUACAGCAUUUUUACAAAACCAUAGUACCAUCCUGGUUCAGCCCCUUGUUCAUCUUCUUAUCGUCUCCAUAAACAAACAAAGUUAUUCCAAAUGCUCUGGUAAUGCCUACUUUAAAAUAUCUAGUUGCUCAGCUCCAGCUUUGCAAGCAGACCAAUUCUUAUUUUAGUCUUCUGUUGAGUGCUGGAGAAGGUUGUCUCUGAACAGCAGCUACGUAACUAGGAGAAAAAUCCUUUGGUGUGGUCUUGACAACACUGUCUCAUAGAGUGAGCCACCUGUUUGUUGUUAGGAAACAUAAAACAGCCUCCAGAUAGAGGGAAUGUUUUAGGUGCAGUGUUGUUGGACAUAAAAAAGCCCUUUGAUGCUGUAAGUUGUGAAAUUUGAAUUCUUAAACUUUCUAUGUUUGAUUCCCCAAAAUUGUUUCUGUCAUUUUUCUCUGUCAAUUCUUAUUUAAUGGAUGUAACCAGUGUGUUGUGACCAAUAACAUCAGGUCUGCUUCUUCUCAGUUGUAUACAGACAUUUGGCAACAUACAUUCGUAGUUAUAGAUCUUAAGAUAUAUGCUGAGGACACGCUUACCCAUGCGUUAACUAAAAACUUAGAGUAUCAGUUUGGCAUGGUGCUCUUUGUUUGUCACCCAUCAUUACUGAAACUAAGCCAAUCUAGUCCUCCAUAGAAAAGUGAUCUAAAACAGACCUGCUGUAGACCAGAUUUAAAGAUGAAAUUACUGAGCAGGUAACAGAGGAAGUAUCCAGAGAUAACUUUAUAUAAAAGUUACAUUUUAAAAGUAAUGUAAAAAAGAUAAGGCUAAUUUUUGUAGUUAUUGGAUGAUAAGAAACUACAAACCGUUCCUUUAAAUUCUAUAAUAAAAUCAAACUUUUCUUUUUUUUUUUCAUACCCUGGUCCCAGGCAAACCAGUCAGUAAUCAAGCCCUGAGAGCACUUUUGUGUUUUGUGUUAAAAUGUUUGAACAGACUUGCUUCUCGGACGGUGAUCGUAAAGUUUCACUCUUAAAAACAUCUUUCUCUAUGACAGCUUUUUCUGCUAGAGAAGAAUAAUACUGGAACUUUCUACUUGAUUAUCUGGUACUUAUUGCAAAUGUCACCACUUUUAAGAGAGUGAUGACUAACUAACAACGAAAAAGGGCCUUUGUGAACACAGCAGCUACACUUGAUCAACAAAACAGCUAGAAGACAGAAAAGCUUUUUGAUACCAAUAAACAUCAUGCCAACGAGACAUUAAACUUUGACUGUCAUUACUGCACAACAGUAAUUUGAUGUUUUUCUGUGUCUACAUUUGUGCUCUUUGGGAUCCUGGAAAUCUAAAAUGAGCAGCCUCAUGUAGUUACUUUUUAAGAUUUCAUAAUCUCAGGAAAAACAGUUGUUUCAUUGAAAACAUGAAAUAAAUUUCUUGUGAUCCCAAAAUCACAAAGUAAUGGAAUCCUCACUCUAACUUGUAUAACAAAACUGUUUUGAACUCAUAUUUUGGAGAAAAACAAAUUCUGUUCGUCCCAUUAUAAUUAAUGUUCACUAGUUUUGAAUGAUCUGUAUUCAUCUUGUCUCCUCCUCCUGUUUUUGUCUUUUUUCUGCUCACUAUCUGCAUCUUCAAGUAUUUACCUUUUCCAUCUUUCAGUUUUCUUCUGUGACUUCGAGUCACCGUGCCUCUGGACUUCAUCAAAUCACACCGAUCAAAGUGACUGGUCCGUGGUGUCGCCACAGCAACCAGGAGGGCUUCAGGCUGGGAUGAUACCUGCAGCUGACCACUCAUUGGGCAGCUCUGAUGGUAAGAAUGUGUAGAGACUCUCUGAGGAGAAACUAAAUGAAAUUAUUUGGAGGUUAGAAAAUACAGUAAUGGUUUCUAGGUGUGACUCAGACCUCCUGUGAGUCAGUGCAUAUUGCUUUAAAUUUUAUUUUGUGUUUGCUAUCCUGUAAUGUACAGACUCAGACCUUUGUGAUGUUACAGCAUUUAUCAAAAGGUUGACUGUAUCAUAAAGCGACCGUAAAGAUGUCCAGCCUGAAUUUUCUAUUCUGUUUGGUUACCCCAGGGCACUUCCUUCACCUAACAUCCUCUCCUGCUGCAGAGGCCUCCGGGCAAUGCAAGUACCACUUAACCAGCCCAGUCCUUCCUAGAAGCGGCAGGUUCUGUUCGCUGCAGGUUGCUCUGUAUGAGGCUGGCUCUGUAUGGGGGAACCUCACAGUCCUCAUCAAGCCAGUCCAGUCAGAUUCAACCAUUCAGCCAGUGGUUCUUCUCCCCAGGAGACAUGAGGAGCACAGGUUGGAGACUUCUUGAUGCUGUUUGAGCUGAAUAUUUAUCUGGUGUACUCAUUAGUUAUGCUGUUCAUGUUCAUCUAAUUAGUGUCAGACAGCAAAAGCCUGCAUCUUUACUGAUUGAAAUGCUUGUCCAAUAAAGCUCUAACUUAUUAAAUAACUAAAGAGGUCUUAUAUUCACUGCAAUGAAAGCUGACAGAGGCUUUCAGUCCAAGCAAGGGCACAAAGACUAAUACCUUUAACUCCUGUGGUACCAAAGUUAAACACAGAAACCAUCUCUUAUCUUUCAUGUGGGACGAUCUCCACAAAUGUGAGGGGUCAGCUGCCCUCUGUGUAUUGUUGGUCAAAGGGGACCGGUAUUUAUUAUUGAUCUAAUGCUGAAGCACAGCCGCCCACAGAGCAGCUAAAAGCAUUCAUGUCUUGAGAUGCAGGCUCCGCGAAUGAUUUCAUAUAUAAUUGGUCGUGACAGGAGAGGGAUGGAUGGGCAUGUGGAAUAACUUUGUACAUUGGCUUUGUUUGUGUUGCUGCAGUAAUGGACUGAGCAAUUCCAUUACACACACACACACACACACACACACACACAUACAGCACUUACAUUUAUCCAGCUGACAACUCAUAUCCUAGUUACCUGCAGACUCUCUGUAUAGAUGCGACCAAUUUAGAGCACAUCAGUCCUGUAACGUGGUCUUUGUCAUAGAGCUGUAUGAUGCGUAGUGUAACCCUUUGAGUGUACCCAUAGCUCUUAGAAGGCCAACUAAUUGAACACUUUAGCUGCAAAAGCAAGGUUUAAUGCCUCUUAAGUGCCUGACUAUCUGGACCAUCUUUGCAUUACUCUAUGUCCUACAGAGAACCAGUAUUCACCGUCUUUAUUUGAGUGUAAACAGACCUGAGGCCUGUACUACGAAGCUGGAUUUGGUCUUAGCGAGACAAGUUCUGGAUAACUCGUAUUUAAGCAGGAUAAUAUCCUGUUCCUCAGCUGUGAAAUAUGAUGCUCUCGCUGUUUUGUCCAUUGUGGAAAAUGGACCAGUGCCGCUAACCCCGCCCCUUUUACGUGUGCGCACACAGAUCUGAAGUGGCCACACCUGGAUUCAGUUAUCGAGUUGAUAACCGGCUUCGUAGUACAGCUGAUCGGGAUCGCGGAGAUCCGGUGAAGUUGAGCGAGUUUUCGCAGAGUUAUCCUGGAUGUGUUAAUCCAGCUUCGUAGUACAGGCCCCUGGCAUUAAAGCUAAGUGAACGUGCCUUUAUAAAGGGUAUUCAAGUUGACAUACUGAGGGAAAAACAUUUGUUCAAAGUCUUACCUUAAGUAAAACAUCGCUCUUUGUUGCUUUGAUGGGUUAUUUCUUUUUUUCUGACACUCAUGUCUUCAUAGCUGACUAUAUCUGGGGAGUGGUUGCUGUAUUGAGCUGUAAAGGUAGAAAAGUGACAAUAAAUGAGUAAAGAUAAAAGCUGCAAACUGACAAAAACAAUAAAGGUUUCAAAGCCAUGAGCAAACCAAAAAGCUAUUGCAAAUGUUUUCUGAAGAAGGGGGUGUAAUUAAGAUGUUUGUAAGGCCCCUCUUCUGCAUUUUGAUGUAAUGAAGGAUAAAUUGAAGCUUUUGUCCGUAAGAAAAUACCAAGAGCCAACCGCAAUGCCAAAGCAGCUGCAGUACAAGCUUUUAUGUUAACUUGUAAAAAUCAGUAUUAAGCACAAGCAGAUUAUUUAAGCCUCUCUGCUCUCCUGUUUUACAGUGUUAUAUCUUGAAAUUGAGCCAUCUAAGCACGAAAAGACUGUUGUGACUGCAUGAACAUGACUCCAAACGGCUUUUUUCUAUGAUUGGUUGAUGCAGAGGUAAAUGGGAGGUCCUUGAGACUUUCAUUGGUCAGAUGGAGGAGCCCUUUCAGGUGACCCUGGUCUACACUUCCUGUCUGGGUGAUGAAAAGGUGGCAGUGGCUCUGGACUCUUUGGAGCUCAUAGACUGUGAUUCAGGUGAGUUCAGUGUGAUCUGUAGAGCUGUGAUUUACUGAUUCUUGCUGAUGGGGGAUGGUGGGACACCCAGGAGGCUAAAGGCCUACCUUAACUUUGCCUCUGAGUAAAAUAGCAGCCACCACCGUUUUUGCUGCUAUUCUCUGCCAUUGGGUGAAGAUUUAUUGACUUUGUCCAUGUUUUUUAGUCGAUGUAUUUACUGCUUGACAAAAACAAGAAUCUUAAAAAAAUCUUGAACUCCUUUCAAUACACAAACCUCCAGCUUCAAGGUUUGAUUGUCCUUAAAAAAUAUUUUUGCUGUGGAUUAGUCUUUUCUCUUCGUGGAUGUGUGUUUACAUUUUCAUUCAUCUUCUCUGUGGUUUCUCGAACGCAGAUCAGAUCACAGAGCUGGACGCAGCAUGUGGGGAAAAUUUCCACUGUGAAAACUCAGGUGGCUGCAUCGACCAGAGCCAAGUGUGCAACUUCCACACUGACUGUCCUUUAGGAGAGGAUGAGGGCUUCAUCUGUGGUGAGUAUCCCAGCAUGCAGAAGAGGGUGUUGUUUUGAGGCAUAUGGUGGCCUUCGAUUUGUGUCAGUCAUGCUUAAGAAGGGACUUUCGCAGUUAGCUGUAGAGGUUUUCCCUUGUGUGACGAUGAAUCAUAUUUGAUUGAUUUGCUCUGCACCACCAAACUGGGUCUGUGUGUGGGAGUGUGAAAACAUCAUGGACAGUGUGUCUGCUUCAUUUUGUGUGGUUGCAGGUAGAGAGUUAAGUGAGGGAGUCCUUAAACAGAAUAUGGGGAUAAUGGCAGGCUGUAAUUCAUUUGCAUUAGGUGUAUUUAAGUUCAAAGCAUAAAAAAAUUGGACUGGAGGUAUGAGAUUAUGUCAUGCCAAGAGUCUCUCCACAAUAUUUAAAGAGCAGGAAGUCACUUUUCUAUGGGCAUUUAAAGUGUGAAGCCUGACUGUGCUUCUGUCCUCAGAUGAUUCAAAAUAUUCUCAUCAGCUGCUGUCCUUGUUUUUCUUCACCAGAAAUCUUUCAUUUCAAGUCUGUGCCUUCAGAAAUACCAAAACACACAACAUUGGGUAAUUAAUAAUAACACAGUACAGUCCUUGUGGAUUGAUUUGUCUUUUGAAACCUCAGAUUUUAAAAAAAUAUGCCACAGAAAAAUGUGUUUUUAGUGAGUUAAUAUGAUUCAUUUCCUCCAAAUUAAAAAAAAAAAGCUUCUGUCUUCUUUCAAAAAUAUCAAUCAUUUAGUUCAGAAGAAAAAAAAACACUUCACCACAUGAAGAACCAACAGGCCUUGCUUCAGUCAUGGAUGAAAUCAAUGAAUCAGGGUUAUUUACAACCCUGAGUUAUGGAUCCCUGGGGAAAAGGAACAAGCCACAGUGGCUGACUUGUUUUUUAAUUGGCAGCGAAAUCUAUCCUGUUUGGGUGCUUACGGGAUACUCUCACAGACAGCAUUAAGUCCGACAUUCAUUCCUAUUUGUUGUGUUUACUUAUCAAGAUCCGAUGAAUAAAAGUUUGGAGACUUUUUCACCCUUUUGCCUUGUUAUGCGAGAGAGCUGACGAAAACAACACUGAUGCUGUCUCUGUUUCUUUUCAGCACAGAGCUGUCGUUGUGUAAGCUGCCUUAACAAACAAACAGUUAGUAGAGGAAAAAUAAAGAGGCAUCCAAACUUAAGAAGUCUUUCCACCAUCUUCUGUGCAGAAGGGGUUGACAUGUUGUUGUUUAUCUCCGUUGAUUAAAGACUUUUUACCCUAAAACGAAGUCAUAUUUUCCACUGCUUGUAUACAGAUGCUUUUCUAUAAUGUGGUUUUGUGGAGAUCAUGAGUUACCAUCCUCCUCUUCCUCAGGAGCUCUUCUGUUUGGCUCACAUUGUUCCUUUGAACUGGACGCAUGUGGCUGGUCUGUGUCCAACCAUCACUCAGGCUGGAGAUGGGUUGCUGGAGACGAGCUGCUGGAGGAGGAAGACAUGCAGGGUGUUGCGCUGCAGCAUACACCAGGUUGGCAGUCUCUUUUUGUGCACACUAUUACUCUAUGUUGAUAAAUCAUGGUGGUGUUAAGAGACAAGACAAAACUUGAACAUUUUCCUUGUUUCCUGCAAACAUGAUGAUUCUAGAGACCCUAUUGUUAACCCGGUGCAAAGCACUUUGGGAUGCACUGCAAGUGUUAUUGUUGUUUUUACGAUACUACUUGCUGUGGAGCUUAUCCAGGGUGCCAGGAGACAAAACACUAUCACCUCUAUCUCCACAUAACCGUAUCCCUGUGGACCAAAAACUAAAACCCAAGACAUCACAAAGCUCCAAUGUGCACGACAUGCUGUAACAGACUCACACAUAACUAAGGGAUAGUUUUCUGUGCGGCAAGAUUGUUUCAGUAGAUUUCACAUCACUCCAUGCAUUAUUAUAACUCGCACAGUGACCUGUGUGUCGUUUUUCUUUUAAAAAGAAUGAAAGCAGACACACUGAUUGGUUUGAUUCCUAUUAUGCUCAAAACAUACCAUGAAUAAUCUAGGGACCUAAUACAAUCCCUUCACACCCAGCAUCUCACCUAGCGCCCAGCUUGUGCAAUGCUUAAGUAGGAAAAUCUGGCUGUACAAGUUCAGAUUCACUCUGCAUCAGUGGCUUCUCUCGCCUUCCCUCUCCCUUGUUCUCUUUCUCUCACCCUGCCCUCUUUUCGACUCCUCUCUCUCUCCCUCCCUAUCUCUCUGUAUUCCUCCCCAACCCAGCAGCGGCUUGGUGGCUGUCUAACAUAAGUCUGGUCCUGCUCAAGGUUUCUGCCUGUUAAAGGAAGUUCUUCCUUGCCACUGUUACUCAUGUUAGAUGAGAUGGGUCAAAUCUGUCCCAUCUUACUCUGCAAAAACAGCCCUACAAGAAAAAAAGCAAAAUAUUCUUGUAUUCAAUCAAAUAAUCUUGUAUCAAGCAAAAAAAUCUGCCAAUGGGCUAAGCUUUUUUGCUUGACAAGAAUUCUCAAAAUAAGAACUCAUUUCUUGGCCCUGACAGACUCAAAUGAAACUUAAAACUAGACAGAAAAUCUUUGAUUUAAAGAGAUGAAGUUACUCAAAGUUAGAAUUUUAGUCUCUUGAAUAAAUAAACUUUAAGAAAAUACACCUUAAUCUAGGAUUAUUAAUGAGCAUGACAGUAGUUCAAAUAAGACAUGAUUUCUUAAAACAGCAUUGCAAAUAUAAGUGAUGUUGUCUUAAAUCAAGAUACCAAAACAUUCUCAUUAAAUAUAUAUUUUUUCUUCCACAAGAAAGCAUGUGGAAAGAAAGCAUGUUCUUUGUUGUUCUUUAUUUUGCAGUUUUGAUCUGGUCAUUGUAUUAUGUUUUGUGUUGUACAGACUAGCCCACUGACAUCUUUAUAUGUCAGAUAAUGUAUGAGGCAGCAGAUUCUGUCAGGUUCAGAUGACCUGCAAUGGAAAUCUUAAUUAAAAAAAUUCUAAUCUUCUUGUUUCAUGGCAUUCUUAAACUAAGAAGUUGUACGUAUGUCUUACUCUUAAAAUGAGACGAAUGAUCUUGUUGCUCCACUGGAUUUUAUUAUAAAACAUUUUUCUACUCUAUUUCUGGUUCAUUCUUUAUCCAAAUUAGCUGGAACAUCUUAUCAAGAAAAAGUUAGCCAUUUUCUAUUAAAAUUAGAUAAUUUUUCUAAUGCCAAACAUGCUUGACAAGAUUAAAUUUCUUUUUGUACAAAAAAUAAGAUUAAUUUCCUUAAUACAAGGUGAUUUCCUUUCUUGAAAUUGGAAAGCAUCUUGGGAUGACGAAAGUUGUGAAUUGGUGCUACAUAAAUAAAUUUGAUUUGAUUUGAUUUGAUUUUGACUUCAGACCAUGCUUAAGUUUAGACCAUUUAGAUGGGCCCUGUAUGUCAUCAAACAAGAUUUGUAAUUUUACUUCUUUUGCUUCACCAACUUGCAUAAAUAUUAGUUUACAGUACAUUAGCUCCUUGUUAAGUUUUUUUUUCACAUAAACAAGUUCAAUGGAUUAUUAAUAUUUCCUGCUUCUUUGUGUCUCUUCAUCAAUCAGGUUCGAAUUGCAGCUUUAAGGAAUUUUUAACUGUUAUGGUAUCCCUUAUUUUCACCAUUUUGAUGAAAGCUUAUUUCCCGACCUGGUUUUCUCGUCAUUGUUGGUUCAGUCCAUUUCGUAACAUUUCAUUUUGUGUCCCCAGGGCACUUUCUGUUCCUGCAGGUGAGGGAAAAUAAUUCCCUUCGAGAGGCAUCCAUUCAGAGCUCUUCUUUUCCUGCCCCACUGUCUUCAGCUGCCUGUCAGGUCAGUCAUUUCGAUGGAUACAGUAAUGUAUUGAAUUUGUUUCCUUUUUCCCCCUCCUUGAUAAGCUGCUUUUUUGCAGCAAAGGAUGAUUUUAAUAAGCGGAUUUUCUUCAAAGUUGUCUGCUCUUAUGUCCAGAUGCGUUUCUCUCUGUACCUAUAUGGUGACUUUAAUGGUUCAUUACUGGUGGCAAUAGAGGAGAAUGGGACCACCACUGCACCACUGGUCUGGGAGAGAAAUGGACAGCGGACAGAUGAUUGGGAAGACAUUGCCCUGCAGCUCACUGGACUUCAUUAUGGGUAAAUUCAUAAGAAUAAAAGUUGCUGUCAUUCUGAAAAUGUGAAUUCUUUUUCCACAUGAUUGAGUUUAAUUCCUGUUGCUUUAAAAAGAAAAUACAUGUACAGUAUAUGGUGUCCUCUAGGUUCCAUGUUAAGGUGACGGCUGUUUGGGGGGAAGGCUCUAAUGCUGACAUCGCUCUUGAUGACAUUGCCAUCGGAGCAGCCUGCUUCAACAAAGGUACACUGCUGCUAAUAUUUGUAGCAUUGCAAAAUGAUAUGGACGGUAAAUGAAGAGCACAUGAAACCAAUAAGCAUGCAUAUAAACAGCACUCAUGUUAAAAUAUUCAAAAACUGGCUCUGCAGAUGUUUAAUAAGGUCUAUUCAACUUGCGUUAAUCUCAAAGAUACACACAAUUUGUUUUGGUCAGAGACUCAUAAUGUAAACAUAACUUCCACAAGAAAACUCCUGCAGGGCACUUGUGGCUUGAGACCACUUCUCAGUAAAUGUCAUACAGGCUCUGUUUGUUCAACUAGAAAUGUAAUGCUGCCCAUGGUUACAACAAAUCUGCAUUCAAAGCAGACCCAGUUUCUCUCUUGAUUUCUGUAAAGAUGAUCCUUUUACUCUGAAAUCAGGCUGUUGUAGAAUGUCAAUGAAGAGCCGAGGAGUGCAGGGACUUGAAUGAUGCUGAGACUGACUAAUGACUGCUGCCUAUAGAUGCUCAAUCAUUUCUUUGAUGCACCGUUUCAAUGAGUGGUAGUGACAGGGGAUAACCAACAUUGAAUACUCACUUUUGAACACUGUGCUGUGCCUCCAAACAUCUGCCAAAGUUUGUCCAGGCUUUACUCAUUUAUUUAAGAGAGAGAGUCGUGUUUUUAAAGUCUGCUUCGUUGAAAUGGUUUCUGAUCAACUGUAUUACUAGCAUGAUACCUGAACUUAUAUCCAAAUGUGAGAUUUGAUUUUCAGGCAGUGGAUGAACUGAAUAUGUCUGUUUUGGAAUGUAUGAAAUUCGAGUAAAAUUUGUUGGAAGAGAAACUUGUGUAUGCUUCAGCUCCAGCUGAGAAACUGUGGAACAAUUGAUGAUACCAUGGUCAAUUCAGGCCCCUCUAGAACAUGUAGUGAACUAUAACUCAGGUUUAUGGUUCCCACUGUUGCAUCUGUGACUGCUCUGUGCCAGGGUUUAUUCACGUUGGAGAGUCUUGGAAGCAGAGUCUUUGCUUAUGCAUUUGAUUUUGGUGUGUGCAAAUAAUUCUCUCCUUUGAAACCUGAAACAAGGCGUGAAAUCAUGAAAACAGAGAACAUACUCUAUGUUUGUGCUGCAUAACAAAUGAAAAGGACAAAGGGAUCAAGAUAUCCAGGAUGUUUUGCUCCUCAGAGAGAAGUCUGAGGAAAUGUCACGGUGUUCAGCUAUAACACCCUUCCCUGGAUCCUUUCUUUCCCAUGUGGCUUUCUGUCUGGGUAGAGUUAAUGCUUCAGAUGGAUGCCGGUGACUCAGUUUUUCUUUCUCCUCCUUCCUUUCUCGAACUUGGCCUUCUGCCACUCCUCAGAUCUCAACUCUCUGCUGACCAUGGCGGACUUGGAGGAUUUCUUAAGCCCCCUUCCAGAGCCCUCAGCCUCAGGUAGCGUAUAAUUUCAGAUGUUUCCUUGGAUACCUUGUGAAUUUCCAAACUGUCCCUCGAUACUUUUGCACAGAAUUUGCAUAAAAGGUGGUGGUGUGCACUCUCAGAAAUUGCUCUCAGUACUUAGCCUUUUGUGUACCAUGUCAGCUGGCAGAAUCCUUCACCUCUCUUACACAUAUUAAGACUUCAUACACCAAGCAGUGUAUGCAGUUUACUCUAAAGAAACUAGAUGCAUUGCAGUUAGUGGUUUGUCCCAUUUAUUAAAAACCGCCCUCACGCAUAUUUAAAAAAUGUUGCUCUACUUUUCGUAUCUUUGAUUUGUCUAGAGGUCUCUCUGAUGACGUGGUGGUUUAAUUCAUGCGGUGCCAGCGGUCCCCACGGUCCGACCCAGGCCCAGUGUGACAGCACCUACAGGAACAAAAACGUUAGUGUCACUGUGGGGAAGGAGGGCUCCUUGAAAGGCGUCCAGAUGUGGAGGGUACCGGCAACUAACAGAUACCUGUAAGUGAUAAAGCAGAUCUGCAGCGUGGAAGUCAGCUGGUCGCAUGUAUAUACAUGUCAAGUAAAUGUUUAUGAGAUGAAAGAAGAAUAUGAAGUAUGUGUGCCAGAGGAUCAUGGUGGAAUAUGUCUUAUACAGCUCUUUACAAACUCUGCACUGAUCAUGUUCCUUCAUCACCGUGGACCUCAGCAUGGUAGUUAAUCUGACUCAGUCCAAAUAAACUUUACUGAUGGAGCAAAUUCUUAUCAACAAACAAAUCCACAGCUGGAAAUAAUCAUCAGAAAAUGCUGUGUUUAAAUCCUGGUUGAAUGAAACUACACUGCUGAACUGAUACUUGUUUUUUUAAAUCUGUCUCCUGUAAUCAACUCAUCUGGCUGUACGACAGACUAAAAUUAGUACUGAUGUUUCUUCAUGACCUACUAAAUUACACUGGACCAGAAACAAGAUUUUUUUUUUCUGCAUAGUUAUUUUCAAAACACAAGUUCCUCAAAAAGGUUGUACAGGAUUAGUAUUUUUGGGGCCAAAAACCAAUCAGUGAGUGAUGUUAAACUGAUAACCGAUCACAAUCCAAUCGUGUGAGGAAGCAAUGUGUCUCUUUGUAUCACUGAGGUCAUUUGCUGUAGCCAUUUUAGUGUGUCUUUUUCCUUUCCCUUUUAACUGAACAUGCUCCUUCUUGCGUUCUUUGUCAAAGUGCCUGAUUGAAUCUGUUGUGUUAAACCUCUUUGUGGAUGUUUUGCCCCGUGGCAGUAAUGAAGUGUUGCAGAGGUUGCAUAUACCUUGUGUUUUAUCUCUCUGGAUCACGUUAAGGAAAUUCCGUGAAGAAUGUUUGUUUCCGACGUAUUCAAGAUUAAAAAACUUUAUUGUCCUUCAAAACGUGACAAAGCUCAAAACACAAUUGCCACAAAGACAUAAAAAAAACACAUUUAAACUAAUAACACGUCACUUUUGCUUUUUUUGUUUGAAGCAAAACCAACCUCUUCUCAUUGGUUUAAAUGUGUCUUUUACGUCUUUGUGGUGUUUAUGUUUUGAGCCUGUCACUAUGUGACGGACAACAAAGUUUUUUGGAAAAUUGAAUUAUUACCUAGCAACAUCGUCACUUGCAAACAAACAUGUCAGCAGUGAAACUUCUCCAGAGUAAGUGAGACAGUUGAAACACAAGCCAUCCGUAAACUAUGCAACGGGAGCAUCUGCAAAAAGUUUCAAAAUGACAAUGAUGUCAUUGAUUGAAUCGGUGAAUUAAGACAUUAGGUCUGACCAUACAAAUUGCGUAAAAUACAAAAUAUCGGCCGAUCAGAUCGGUGGAAAGCCUAUCCUCAGAAAACCUCUGAAAUCAUACCCAGAAGGAUCUAAUUAGCUUCAGGUCGUUAGCCACUGCCUGCAGAGAACUCAGAUAUGAUUGAAAAAUUGACCUCAGAGUUGUGAGUUUGAGGAAUGAAAUUGGGGCAGUUAACAAGAACGAAAAUAUUGAGUUAGCCAGUUACGUCCCAUUAGAUACAUCAGCUUGACUUGACUGUGUUUCACUUUGUGAUGUACAUUGUCUGAAUGCUUUUCACAGGGGCUUACUAGGUAUAUAAUAUUUCUCCUUGUGUAUUUGUAAUGUUCAGUUUACAGCCAUUAUUGUGUGGAGAGAACUAAGGAGCAUGAGUGCAUGCUCUGGGGCAGUAUUAUUCUGGCCAUGCCGAGCGUGACUGAUUGUUAUCGUGCCAGAUCAAGAUUGUAGCAAUUUGAUUGUCUUACCACAGCCAAUCAUGGGACUUCAUUAUCACACCCACGAUGAAAUUAAAAAGGGCCACAGAAACGUGUCAAUGGAUUUACAGAGUGCUGAGCUAAAUUGCACACAGCUGUACUUCAUGCCAACACCAUCCCAAAAUGCCUGUUUUUCCCAAAGGGUCUCCAUGGAGAACCACAGGUGUUUGUGCCUGCUUAUUUGACUGACAUAUAGCAGUUAGAUUCUGUGUUUUGCAGCCUACUUAUUUUUUAUGAUAUACGCUGUGAAGCCUGAGAUAGCAGUCAAAUUCUUUCAGUCACAGAUCUCAAUUCCCCUGUGGUGCAAUGAUUUCCCAUCAGAAUCUCUGCCUAUGGGGCUGCAGGAGGCAAAGGAGCCAAAAACCACAACAAACGCAACCAUGGAGUCUUCAUAUCUGCCAUUUUUCCUUUGGAGAAAGGGGACAUACUUUAUAUCCUAGUGGGCCACCAGGGAGAAGACGCGUGCCCAGGGGUGAGUGGGGUGAGCGCAAGGACAGGUUCAAGGGAUUUGUGGGUAAUAUCUUUUUUUCAGGGAAACAAAAAUGUGGCUAAGAUUAAAGUAAUCUUGCCUCCAGAGUUAAAAUUAUUUUCUUCUCCCUUUCUUGUUACAGAGAAAUCCCCUCACCCAGAAAAUCUGCCUGGGAGAGUCAUCUGUGAUUGAAGACAAUCUGAGGACAGAAGCUGGUGCAGAGUGGGCUGGGGGAGGAGGAGGAGGAGGGGGCGCAACCUACAUCUUUAAGGUGACAGAAAAUACAUCACGGUUUCUCAGCAUUGUAUGUCUCUUUGUCUGUUUGUUUGAAACUUUGUGAGGAUGAAGUGUACAUAUUGACAGAAACAAAAGGCAUAGCCCACCCAUCAGCAGGGUGAUCAGCUGAUGCAAACAUAUAAUUGCAAAAAAUAAAAAUAAAAAAAACACUUUUAUUUCCGUUCCAGUCUGCUAUAUGGAAUAAUCUCUCAAAUAAGUGGGAUUACCAGAGAUGUUGUCCUUUCAGAUGGCGGGUGGAGAGAUAAUUCCCCUGUUGAUAGCAGCUGGCGGAGGAGGAAAUUCCUACAUGGAGGACCCAGAGUCCAGUCUGGACCAGAUUCCACUGGAGCAGUACGAAAACAGCACCACAGCUCCCAGUGCCAACGGUCAAACUGGGGCAGCAGGUAUAGUUUGUACUUUUUAUGUAACCUGCACAAUUCAGAUGAGAGGGAAUUUCAAAAAACAAAAUCAAAGUUCGGUAACACUUUACUUGACGCAUAUUUCUAAAACGCAUUAUAAAUAUAUGUAUAAUGCAUUAUAAUUGCAUUAAAGCACUGUAUAACUAUAGUAAUAAACACUCAUAAAUGAUCAUAAUGCUUUAUAGCAAUAAUCAUAACACAUUUUAAAACAUUUUAUCAUGACUUAAAAGAUCAGGUAUUAUAAUGUGUUAUAACUGUUAACAACUUACUAACUUAAAUGCAUUAUACAUAUAUUUAUGAUGUGUUAUAAUUUGCUUAUAAACUUGUAUAACUAUCAUUAUAAACACUCAUUAAUUAUCAUAAGGCUUUAUAACAAUAAGCAUAACACAUUAUAAUACCUGAACUUGUAAGUCAUGAUAAAAUCCUUUCAAUAAAUUGAAUUAUUGAAAGAAGAGAAGUAUUUUAACAGAUUUCUAUUUAUUAUUUUUUGUUCUAAACUCUAUCAGCAAGGUAAGUAAACAGGAACAUGUAUUGUUUGGAUUGGGUCAUUUAGAGAGUAGUUUUUUUAUUUUAUUUUUGUAAUGUGCCUUAUAGUGGGAAAGAGCCAGAAUCAGUUUAAUUGUCAAGUUCAUAAUCACAGUAAACUUGUAUUGGUGUUUUGCUGAAAAAAUUCUGAACACAGAAAUAGGAUAAAAAAGUUAAAAAACAGGAUGGCUUCAAGGAAAUCAGAAAGUUCAAUGCAAACUAUUUGUUUAUAAAAGUUUAUAAAAGACUAAUGGCCCCCCAAAAAUGAUUGGGACUUGGCUAUUAAGAGCACUGCCUUUGGAUGAGACAUGGAGAGGAGUGAAAAAACAAAAUAGUUACAUAAUGAAACACAGAAAAUCACACUUGACUUGUGCUAAUUUACAAUAGCUGCUCAGAGUGACACAAAGGCUACAGGUGUUAAUUACAUUCAUAGGUAUUCCAAGUGUCCUUGUUUUAAUAGAAGCUGUUUUCACUGCUCGGUUUCUGAAGUGCACUGAGAUGCAAACGACAACAAGCUUUAUGUAGAUCAAGAGUGUGUUUCUCAUCUUUCCAAAAGGCUGUUUUGCUCAAAGAGACCUGCUUGCUGAAAGCCACUAGAUGAUUUGUUUGCUGUGUAUCCAAGUGCUUGAAGCAGCAUAGGCUGACAUGCAUACUUAGUCUCACACAGCAGGAUGGAUUUGACCUGUGGAUAAUGGGAUCUUUCUGGAUCAUGGUUUUAGUUUUCCCGACAGUCCAUAACCUUUACAGAAAGACAGACUGUACAUGGCUGAGCAGUUUCUCUCUGCUUUUUGAAAAAAACCUGCUUGAACCAGUAAACCCCCUCUGACCAACACAGAUCAUUUAUCAGCUCAUCGUAUUGGAACCUGUGUGGAACAGUUUAGAUAAAGAUCUGAGUGUUCGGAGAAAAAUGUGGCUGUGAGUGCAGAGGUAUGUGCGUGCAUGUUUGUGUGGAUUUGUGUCUUUAAGCUGGAUGUUGAACUUCUGAAACUGAUCAUUCUGCCGUCACAUGAGACUUAACUUGAUAAAACUGUAUUUCACAACAUCUGAGCACUUAUAAACUCCUGCUGGAUAUGACUAAUACAUUUUAAGAUUGUCUUUAUAUCUAAUUUUAGGUCAUAAUUUUUUUCAUUUAUUGAUACUUUUCUGUACGUUAUGCUUGAAAACAGUACAAUCUUUAUCACUGUCUCAUUUGGUAGGACUGGAAAGUACUGACACUGAAGGAAAAAAUAAGAUCAUCAGAUGUUUUCUGACCCAAAGUGGCCACAUGCAAAAGAGAUAGGUAGAGACAAAGUGUGAGCAAUGAAGGGACCCUACUUUAAGCAAUCUUAAGUGUGUAGUCUGAAGUGUGGCACAGACUGAAUCAGGACACUUUUCUUCCAAUAAACAGAUGGAUGAAAAUUGACACAUUUAAAAUGUCGACAGUAUCAGACAGGAUACAAAAAUACAUGCACACUUGUGUGUUUAUGUGCAUGUUAGCUGUCACUUCCCAACACUGUUACUGUCUUUCAGAGGCAUAACAACUGUGCACCACCAUUAUGCCUCCGUCUGUUACAUAUUGCAGAGGAGUAACAGGAGCCUAAAUCACAGGAGACCUUGAAAUGAUAGACUGUCAGAUCCAACAGAGUCAAAGUGGGAAGAACGCGUAACACUUGGGAAAUCAAAACAGUGGAUCAUAAAUAUAAAAUGGUGUUUUGUGAUGGUAUCACAGCGCUGCGAAAAUGUGUACGUAGAAGAUGAAGAAAGAAUAAGAACUUUAUUGAUUCCCCCAGGGAAAGGAGCUGUAUUUUGUUUUGCUGUUGAAGGCUGACCCUCUCAAGUUUUCCUACCAGCUGCCUGUGUGCACAGUCUUCACAUGGAGACUAAAUUAGCUUUUAUUUGUUGAGUGUAUCGCUUCCUCUUUCAAACAAACCCUCCUACCUAGUUUAUUCCUAAUUACACAGAGCUAUUUCCUUCAAAUGCUCUGCUUUCUUAUGCUUUUUGGUGGAUCCCGGUGCACCAAGUUGAGUCUUAUUUUCUGCCUGAACAACUAGACCUUUCUGUCUCUGCAGCUAAUUCAAAGUGCUCUCUGUCAGAUAAACAGCCUCCAGUAAGAGCGGAGUAGCUGCAGCCCAAAAUCAAGCAGAAAUAACAGCCACAGCUGCUCCAACAACCUCUAUACUCAAAACAGUAAACACAUCUAAUCAGACUGCCACAAGUAUCAUUAAAAUUUUCCAGGAGACUUUUCAGACUUAACCCUUUAAGAUCAGAUUUUGGGACAUGGGAUGACCCGGUAUAAUGUCCAUGUACGACUGAAAAUCUUGUGCGGACAUUUUGAUGUGUUCGCUCCAUCUUCAUCCUUGAUCGGUAAUGAAAGGUAAACUGGGCUUUAGAAAAACAGCUGCAUCACAAAGCAAAAUGAAAAAUGUCCUGAAAAAUAGCUUCUUCUUCAGGACACCUCCUCCUCCCUUCAGUGAAAUCCUCUCUGUCACAGUCUGACUUCUCGACAUUUUCUCCUCGACUGAAGUCUUUUUUUCUCUGCGUAGUUUCUGCGUUAGUGCAAUAGGAUCAUUUUUAACUUAUUCUGAUUUUGUUUCUAUUUCCCUAAAGGUGGAGGAGGAGGCUGGAGAGACAGUCCCAAUACUAACCCAAUGGCAGGAAAGUCUCUAUUGGAAGGUGCUGUGGGAGGGUCCUCAUGUCCCCUGGCCUUGUCCAAGCUUGGCUGGUCUACCUAUGGAGGCUUUGGAGGUGGUGGUGGGGCCUGUACAGCUGGAGGCGGAGGAGGAGGUUACAGAGGUAUGAAUAUCUGUCACUUAAACUAACUUUACCAUCUUUAACUUCACUUUCAUGUCUCCUGUCUUGCUUGUUUUUGUCACUUCCUAUCAGACUCUAAUCUCUAAAGAAGGACUGGUCAUCAUUUGUGUGACAAACGUCUCCCUCUCAGUAUUGGAUGUGAUUUGUGUCUCAGUAUUAAAAGCAUCCUUUAUACUUGUCUAGCAGCACUCCAAAGUCAAUUCUUCACAUAAAUGUCACAAUUUGUCCAGAAAUGUACUUCCAUUAUUGUCACAGUUUAGCAUCAUCGUUCAUGAUAUCAAGGACUGUCACAAAAUAUGUGUACGGAUCUUUAUGUUGUUUUGUACUUUACUGCCAUAUGUCUUCUUUUUAUGUUUGUGCUUUUAUCCUUGAGUGACAAAUGUGCCAACAACCAGAGCUAAACUUUAAAUCACUCUGAUUUAAUCACAUUUCAUGUCCCUGUGGCAAUAAAAGGCAGGAUGUGGUUCAACACAUGUUUUAUGUUGAGCAAAAAUGGUUAAACUCGUAACCAUAAACAUUUCUGAAUGGCUCUGACAUGAUUCAUAAAGAUGCCUGAUGGAAUAAACCACAAUAUUCAUUUUGUGACAGGGGGUGAUGCUGCGCUGACGGAUGAGAUCACAGCGGACGGUCAGAAUGGGAUCUCGUUUUUUCAUCCAACGGGAGAGAUUUUCCUUCAGCCCCUGGCAGGUGAGAGUCACAUCAUCGUUAAAAGAAGAAAGUGAUACUGAUUGAGAAAGUGAGUCAGCAGGGGAAAAAAGAAAUGAGCACUAGAAGGAUAAAUAUUUUCCAUUUCAAACUAGAAGAUUAUGAAGUAUAGUAAAUUAAACAUGGUUAGAGUCAAAAAUAACGGAUGAGGGGAAUAAUCAGCAACUUGUGUCAUAUGAUGAGGAACAUGAAGUGCUCAGGCUUAUUAAUGGGGCAGAAGUAAAGAGGGCUCCAAUUGAAAAAGAAAUCAAAAAGAAAUUAAAUAAAGUCAUUUUUAUUUUAGGAAAAGGAGGAUUAAAAGGCAUCUCGUGUCAAAGAGGACUGAAGAUUUUCUUUUUCCUAGAAACAGAUCAAAGUAAACUGUAACUUUGAAUUUAGGAAAGAUUAACUAAAGAGCGCUGAAAAACAAAAUCUGGGUUUACAGCCAGGAAAGUAAAAAAAAAUCGUCAUAUAGAAAUGUUUAGAUGUGAUUUGAUUAUGUGAAAAAGCCAACAAGUGUACAUUGAGUCUUUUGUCAAGCUGGAACUGAACCACAUGAACAGUGCAGCCCAAAGUAAUGAGUAGCACUGUGGUCGUUGUGCUAAAAGCUUAAAUAUACUGGUACAAUAUUCGAAUAAAACAAAAAAAAUGUUAAGACAAUUAAAGGAAAGGAUUUAAGGGAUUGAAACACUGAUGAAAACUAAUGUCAAAGCAAAGCAAAGUCAUUGCUUCUCUUUCAUUCAGUUUUGCAUGUUUUACAUCAUCCUGUGCUGUUUCUGUGUUUUUCAGUCAUUUGAUAAAGGUUAUGCGACAUUUAUAUCAUCGCUUAACGUUACUACAAAACCAGUAGACUAAAUAUGGUUGAUUUCAACGCAGAGACACUAUUGGUAUAAAGAUUUAAUCCUAAGCUCUUUGCUUUCUGAGAAUUUAGUCCUCAGCAACCGAUCAGGGCGCACCGGUAUGUGUUUGUCUUUGUACCUGUUUGUGCCAAACUAUCCGUCUCAUCCCUUUAGGGUAUCAUUCCUGCACAUUCAUAUGUAUAAAAGUACUGUUUUUUCCUCCUUUUCUUGAGACCACUGGCCAUCUGAUUCUCAUUAUGCAGCUGGAGGAACAGGAAGGCAGUGGACUAAUUUACUGCCUUAUGUAGCCUGUUGCCUUUGGCGCCAACAGACAGUCCUCCACUCUCAUGUGAAAGACACUGUUGUUGCUGCUGCUGGGUGUGCUGCCAGUCACUGCUAUCAAACAUAAUGACUGCCUCUGCAGUGUUCAAACAGCAAGAUACGAACAAAAAAAAUUGAAUCAAAUGCUUAUGAUUGAAUUUUGAGAAAAAAUAUGUUUUUCCUCUGUGAUCUUGUUAAAGCCACUUUUUUAAUCGGUUACACAACAAGCUGACAUGAGUAAUGAUGCAUUUCUGUGAUGUUGAAAAGCGAAUAGGACUAUUUAUGACGAUGUCGAUACUUUCUAUAUUCUUAUUUUAAAUGCCUGUAACUGCUGUUACAAUUUCCACAGCUAUUUCCAAUAACAAUGGGAGAGGCCAUUUGACAACCAGCAUGACUCUCAAAAGGACAAAAUGAAGUCAUCAACAACAAAAGGGUUACCACGUUGUCCACAGGGGCACCAAAAGUAACGCAGACAGAGAGUUCCUCACAGGAGCUUUAAACCAUCUUUCUUUAAAUAAAGGACCAAGUCUAAUACAUUACUCACAAGGUGCAAAUUUGUUACAUAAUCUUAAUCCAGAAACAAAGAGGCACCAUCAAGGUGGCAGAUUAUGAGAGUAAAAGUAUUCAUUUGAGUAAGAGUAGUAAUGUUGCUUAAAGUAACAAGUGUCAAUUAGUUUCUAUUUUUGAUAUGAACCAAACAUAUUCUGUCUGUUAACCCUAUUCUUUAUUUAAGCUUGACUCAUUUACUAAAACAUCUGAACAGCUUUUUAUUUAAGUCACUUGAAAGUAAAGUAUCAACAACAGUCAAUGUGUUGCAGUUAACGUACAUGCGUGUCAAUAUUGUGUUUCUGAUGGUGUUUCAUUGUGGGACACAGAAAUACAGAGCCGAGACUGUACAGACAAUGUAUUUCAUGUGACAGUCGUUUCAGGCUUUCUUCUUCUACAAACUUAGUGACCUCUCUCUCUAAAAUAGUUUGAGGUAGGGGUGCUGCUGCCCUUGCAGUCUAUCAGACGGCCAGCCCUGAUUCACUUCCAACCUGUGGCUCCUUUGCUGCAUGUCCCUCCCCACUCUCUCUCCCUGUUUUCUGCUCUGUCUGAUGCCAUGACUUCACCAAAAAAGAGCAAAAAAGUCCAAAAAUGAAUCCUAAAAGGAAAAUUGGUUUGAGUCUGGUGUUUCUUUGGAGCCAUGUGUUGAAAUGUGUUCACCUUAUUCCCUCCAGCCAUGGAGAGUCACGGCGAGUGUGAGAUCAAAGUCCAGCUGAACUGCAGCCACUGUCAGACGCAGAGCUGCAAACGGGGUGUAGACACUUACAUCAUCCUCUGCCUCUGUGAUGAGGAUGAGGUCCUGGGCAGUGACAAUGUAACAUGUAUCCGCACUGUUGGUAUGUAAAAAAAACAACAUCAUAACAAAGAUAAAUUCUCUCAAAUCCUCCCAAUCGGGACAGAUAAUGCAUCUAAACCAAAGCCCAUUUGAAGUAUUUUCUUGACUGUCUUCUUACUUUUUUUCUGGCAGGUACCAAAGGCCUGGCUCCACCAAACCACUUGUCGUCAUCGUUGAUUUUGGCGGUUGUUGUCUCCACCAUCGUAAGCGGCAUCGCGUUGAUCUGCGCUGGCGUCAUCCUCAGUAAGAGAUGCCUCCAGUUCUGUGUGCAGUCUGUGCCCUCCACCUUCCACCGACUGUGAGCACAGCUGCAAAUACAGAUGCUCCCAGAUGUUACUGACAACAGAAACAAGAACACCUCUGAUAACCUGUGGUUUAACUGUCCUCUGGCUGGGCGCCGGGUGAUGAAAGGAGCUCCAGGGCUUUGAAUUAUACAUUGCUAGAACAAAAGGAAUUGAGCACAUAUGGACACUUUAGCUAUGAGCACUUAUUUCAGUAGACGCUCUUCUCUUCCUGGCUGUGUGUACGUACAAUCAUGUAGUAAUCUGUACUGCAGGUGAAAAGUGAGAUAAUGAGGGGGGUUGCAGUUAAAUAUCACAUUACUUUAUUUAUUUCUGAUGAAUCAUUGUCACUGCUUGAAACAGAAGAGAUGAACUCAGCUUCUCUUGGCGUGUCUUCAGUAUCCAGUGAGGUUUGACAUUUAACGAGGAAGUUUCAGUCUGUUGAAGAUCUACGCUGAUGAGUGAGAUUCGAUAGCAGUAAAUGUCAAACAUUUUGACAAGUAGCUGAAUAAAAUGGAAAAUCGUGAUUAUACAGUGUAGACAUGAAGAUUUGAACCUUAUGGAAAGAGAGAUUGAAGAUUAAGGAUUCGCCUAACAGUCGCUCUGGGACACACUCACACACGAACACUGACAGUGAUCAUAACUUGAGCACUGACUCUUGGUGACAUGGUUAAAAUACUGUGAUGUUAGGUAUCUGUUUUGAAAUAGGGACAUGACAAGAUUUGUUUGAUACUUCUUUUUUUGAGACAGUCUGAAGCCAACAAGUGAAAAUGCUAAGCAGAUGAUUCUCAGACAAAUAAGUUGCUUUGAUGGGAAAAAUUAGGGAAUGAGGAUUUUUUGGUUUUAAUUUCACUACAGUACAUAGUGGCUAUGAAAGUUAAGGAAAAGGACUGCAAUCUAAUAUUUAGAGUAACUUAUGAUUUCUUCAGUACCUGAUAACUAUAAGUAUAUAAUAAUUUUGCAUUACUGUUUUACUUGGUCAUAAAAGCUGCUGUGCAAUGUGUACUUUUUAAUGUCAACUAAUGUACUAAAUCUUAACUCAUUCGCUGCAAACACAAUUUUAAAUUCAGUUUAUUUGCAGUAAAACAACAUCCACUUUGCAAUGAUAAAGGACAGUGAGGGAUUAUUUGCUAAUAACACUUUUUUUGCACCUGUGUCAUCUUUUUUGACAACCGCCUGCUGCAAUAAUAACUAGGAAGGGAAUUAUGACAGUUCACUCAACACAGCUAAUCCUCCAUCAAGAGCCGUUCAGGGUGAUGAAAUGUUGCAGACACUCGCACUCUCGUGUCCUCUCCGUAACCUCAAAGUGCAGGACUAAAAACGGAGCUCAACAGUUAAAAACUCUCUCUCUUUCUCUCUCUCUCUUCCCUGCAGUCAGUUUGAGUAAAGCACUACACUGGCUUCAUCAAAAGUAUCACAAUUAUAGUUCCGGCUCUCUGCACUUUUACCCUGUCCGACACAAACAGGGAUUGAAAAGAGAAGUUUUUUUAAAGAGGAGUAAUGAAAGUGAGGAGGGCGAACAAGGACAUGUCAUUUUCCUGCCAAUCUGAGGAAUUUCUGCUACCUAAAAACAGAGUUUAUAGUGAAUUUUAUUGUGGAAGUGCUUUCACAUUUUCUUUUUUAUAGAGGAAAUGAGAGCGUAUUCGCAGAUCUGAUACAUAAGCAAUUCACAGACCUCCCUUUCUUGCCUCCCAGACGAUAAUUCCCUUUCCAUUCAGGACCCUUGUAAAGCUUCAGCAUUGGUGCUUUAGCUUUAAAAACGGCAAGAUCAUCAGCUUCUAGUUUGAAACAUAUAACAGUUGUGAAAUUAAGGUUGUGUGCAGAUUACCCUCCAUCGGAGUUCAAGUUUUAUUGCCUGACUGUCUUAUUAGAUGAGGAGUUCAGAAAAUGUGUGAAACACUUGCGAUUUGUUUACAAGAGGACACGACCAGAAUGAUGAGGAGGGAGAAAUGUAAUAACUUUCUCCUUCUUACUAAAGAGGAACCAGAUCAUGGAGGGAUGCUUUGAUUACAAGAGAUGAGUCAUGGGAGGAAAGUCAGCAAAAAUGUUCGUAUUUGAUCCUUUUAAGCAACAGGAAGUGCAUGAAAGUAGUCAGGCCAGAAAAUAUCAGUAAUCAGGUAAAUGAAAGUGUGAAUUGAAAGUAUAUUUCAACUUUAACAUCAAAGAUAGUUUUUUUUUUUGUGUAGCUCAUCAAAAACAUACAUGCACUCUGUUUAAUCAGAGUAUAAUCAAGCAGAUAUUGACUGCAGAUGAAAUGGUUGUGUGUCUGAUUAUAACCAGUCAUGAACAAAGCUGUGGAGUGUAACUGCAUGAUACUGUUCUUGUGUAAAUACCAAACAAAACUGGUGCACAACAGUAUGAAAAAAACUAUAUUUUAUGAACAGUCGGUCUGACUUUCAUCAACUGCCUUGUGUGUAAAUGUGUGAAUAAAAAAACUGAAUAAAUCAAACACUUAACAAAGGUUAACACUUUUUCACAGACAUGCAUGUUGCUUUCCAUUCAAACACAUUCACACACGCUUCAGGUUAACGGUGUUUCUUCACCUGAGAUCUCCCCCAUGCAGGGAGGUAGUCUGUUCCCUGGGCGCCCCAUCUCCUCCUCCUUAUCCCCCACCCCAUGAUCCUCUUCCUCCCUUUCCUCCUAAUUCUUCUCCUCAACCCACUCCUCACCCCGCCCUCCUCCCUCUGAGUCACUAGCACCUGCACCGGGCGAUGGCUCGACGGCACCUCUUACCUGCACGCAACACCCCCCUCCCUGGCAGACUACCAACCUGCAUCGGGGACAUGGGCUGCCUCCACGGCGGGUGAGUCCAAACUCACUGGCAACAGACAGAUAAGGAGCAGUAACCAAGAGGAGGACAUCCCACAUUAAGUGUGUCUGUAAAAGGAUUUGUCGUCUUAAAAGAGAACUCCACCAAUUUCCAACAUCAAGGAGGUUUUACUGCAUUUAGCUUUUGUGGUUCCAGUGGGACUCCUGCAGAGGUUUUCAAGUGCCUCACAUGAGUCUGCAGCGAGUAAAUCCAGGCUAUUUUAUGAUCAUUACAUGUCUGGACCUUGGACAGGAAAGUCAAGUGGCUUUGUGGUUGUAGUAGAUGUCAAAGUUUGACCUAGAGAAGGUUUUACAGCCAAUUCUAAAUUGUUGGAGAUCUCAUUUAAGAAUUAGCCAACUUUUUACAAGCAGCCUAAUUUUCCUGCAACAGGAAAGAAGGAUGUCAAUUGUACAUCAACUACUGAGCUGCGGUUUGACCCCUCCUUGUGUAACUGCUCCUUAAGUUUGCACACAAGUUGAGGAGCUUUAACUUACAUGUAAGUGUGGGGUCCGGUUAGGAGUUAAAGUGCUAACAAACACUCUCAGUCUUUAAAGUUCAACAAGCUGUCUGUUCUAUCUUUGUGUUUUUAGUGUGGUACCGCAGGAAGAACGACCUGCACGCAGUAAGGGGGCGUCUACAGAGUCCAGAGUACAAGCUAAGCAAGAUCCGCUCCUCCACCAUCAUGACGGACUACAACCCCAACUACUGCUUUGCAGGCAAGGCUGCAUCGCUCAAUGAACUGAAGGAAGUACCACGCAAGAACAUCACACUUUUAAGGUACAGCUCAACAGGAUGGAUUUUUAGAAAGACCGUUUGAGGCUCUGGUGGUGGUUUGACUUUAGCCCUUUGAUACGACUGUUUCAGAGCUCUUGGCCAUGGUGCAUUUGGCGAAGUGUACGAAGGACAAGUUCUGGGAAUGAACGCUGACAACAGCCCCAUGCAGGUGGCAAUAAAGGUCAGAUUACACUCUAUUAGACAGGUUGCUCCUAAAUGUCAGGUGAUAAUACCUCAUCAGGUGUUUUGUUAAUCAUAUUUAAUCAACCUAGCAGCAUCUCACCUCUGAGAUCCAACGGUUGUCAGAGCAUUAAAGGUUUUAAAGACAGGUUUUUGUAGCACAUUAUUUGAGGCAUGUUUUAAAAAUGUGUUGAAGUUCUCUUUUGUGUGACUGAAAAAUCUCAAGCUGCAGGGUUAACAUUUUGGCUCUAACUGAUAGAUGGCUGUAAAACAGAAAAAGAGAAGAGAUGUUCAGUCGGUGCCCUGAGAUAACUAGCUCUGAAACUUCUCAAGGCAAAAAAGAAAAAAGCUGAGUGAGCUCCACAUGGAUUCGCCUGCUUUUCAAUGGUCUGCUGAUUAGGUCUAAUGAUGUCUCUCCUUUUUACAAGGACACACACACACUCACUCCCACACACACAAAUCUCAAACUCCCUUUCUUUCCCUUUCUGCUCCACAGACUCUUCCAGAAAUCUGCUCCGAACAGGAUGAAAUGGAUUUCCUGAUGGAGGCUCUGAUUAUGAGGUGCAUCAAACUACAGCUGUUUGCUUACCGUGUGCAUCACAGUGUUCACGUUUCGAUUCCUCAGAGUGCAUCGUUCGUACAGCUCAUCUGCCAUGUCAAUCACACAUCAAAAUUCUAACUCAAGCCGCCAACAACUGGCUUUAUGGCUUAACAUGUUCCUGUGGGUUAGAGGAGACGACAUCUGGAAGCAGAAACUUCACUCAUCCAAAUCAAAACACUGAUAAUGUUGAAGUUGUUGAAGCAGCACUCUAUAAUUAUCCUGUGUUUGUCCUCUAAUUAAAUGAAGUAAAUUUAAGUCAUAGACAGUUAUGUACAAAAGGGAUAUACUUUUAUCUUAAUUUUUUUAUGAAGUUAAUAUUGGAUUAAGCCUUUUUUACUUAUGCAGAGUUUAAAUCUUGAGAAACGUCAGUCCUCGACUCACUAGACCAGGUUUUGUACGUAGAGACGUUAAUGAGCGACAAAAGUAAACAGCAGGGUACCCUUUGCAUGCUAACUUUGAGGAAAUAAUUGGACACUUUUAGACUUUAAACAUCACUCAAACCUUAAUAUGUGCUUACAGUUUCUGUGCGCCUCAUCAUGAUAAGGUUUAGUGAACAGAUGGUUUCGCAAAAAAGCAUCAGGGUGAAACAAGACAAUGAAACAGAAGAGUCUUCCCUCAUCCCAUAAGGGUUCAAUUUUGCAUGACCACCUGCUCACUAUACUUAAUCCGUUUUUAUUACCCAGCUGCUAACAAGAUAGGCCAACAUGUUGACACUCAGAUUUUAUUUGAAGAUGACAGUGUUUAUAUAAAAAUCAGUUUCUAUUUAAGCUGAGAAAGGUCCUUAGUUUUGAGAGUUGGGGAUGUUUGUGCUUCCAUGGCAACACAAUUUUCAUCAGCCUGUCUGUGAGUCAAAUUAACAUAAAUUUAUCAUUUUCAUUCAUGGGUCAGUCUUGACAUAAACCUGCUUUACUGUUCAAAAGCACAUUUAACUCAACAUAUUUACUCAUUUUGAUGUACUUUUUACCGCACUGUCAACAGGAAGAGGUGAGGUUAUAAACUUUCAAAAUAUUGAUGUGUGAUGCAAAGUUAAUUAUUGUUAUUUGGUUUGAUUGAUCAGAGUCAACAAAGCUGGGUGAUUAGUAAGAGAGCAUAUUCAUCACUGAUAAGGAAAUAUUUCUCAGUUUUAAUUUGUGGUAUCUGUCAACACAUUUUUUCAGUUUGCAUUACGCAGCUACUUGAAUGUGAAGGCCUGCUAACCGAAGUGUCCUCACCUUUUUGUCUCUGCAGCAAGUUCAGCCAUGAGAACAUUGUGCGCUGCAUUGGAGUCAGUCUGAACAUCCUGCCACGCUUCAUCCUCCUUGAGCUGAUGACCGGGGGAGACAUGAAGAGCUUCUUGAGACAGAACAGACCACGAGCUGUAUGUUUGCACUGCAUGUGUGUGUUUGCCUGCUUGUGCCCGUCUAAGGCGGGUGUGUUUGUGUGUCUCACUAAAUUGAGCUGUGCUGUCUCCAGGGCCAGACCUCUUGUCUCACCAUGUGGGAGCUGCUGCGGAUGGCCAGAGACAUCGCCUUUGGGUGCCGCUACCUGGAAGAGAACCACUUUAUACACAGGUUUCAGAUUUACACACUGAGCUCAAUUAAAGUACAGAUGAAACGAUACAUGUUGUACUCUUUGAUGUGUCAUCAUGGGAGCAAUAUGUACAAUCUGCGUAAUGUAACUUACCCUAUUUUAGUCCUUGGGUAACUAUUUUGUGUUUUAUUACCUCUUUUUUAAUUUACUUAAUGUUAUUGUUUGAUUUUAAGUUUUAUUUAAUUAACUUUUAACGCUUUAUCACCUUUAUUAUAUUUUAUCAUGGUUUUAUUGCUUUAGUCUUAGAUCCAGUGUUUCCUCAAUCAUCUAUGGCAAGUUGAAGAGUCCUCACCUAGUCUUUUGCGUAUGCAUCUGUGUGUGUGAGCGUGUGAGUGCUGUAUGUGCCGAAUGGGGGUUGGGAGGGUGAGUAGGGUUUGGUAUAUGUAUUUUAUUCAUUUUAUUUCAUUAUUUUUGAUAUCCUGCUUGAAUGGACAGCAUUUUCUGAUACAUUCUAUGUAUGGAAAGUGCUUUAAAAAUAAAGUUUCAUUGAUUGGUUGAUUGAUAAAGAGCUGAUUUUACAUAUCUUAGCACAAGUCUAAAUUAUGUAUUGAUCUGUAAAAAUACAGCAUCUAUUGCAACAAGCAUCACUGGCUGUAAUAUGAGAAGACUUAACAUUAACUGAUCAACAUAAUUUUUUUUUAAAGGGGUGGCAAAUUGCACAAUGAUGCAUCACAGCUGCGUUUUUAAAAUGAAAAUAUUUGUCAGCAAUUUUUGGAGGAUACUUGAUUUCUGAGUGUAUUCUAUCAUACGAUCAGAGAUCUGUGAAGUUAAGAGUUUGGUGUAGUCAUGAAGCUACAUUACCUAACAGAUUUUGUGUUUUUUAGGGACAUUGCUGCGAGAAAUUGCCUGCUGACUUGCCCUGGACCCGACAGAGUGGCCAAAAUAGGAGACUUUGGCAUGGCACGAGAUAUUUACAGGUCUGUGAGCUAAAUCUGCAUUAGUAAUGCACAGAGCAAAGUACACACGAUGACCCGUGCUGAUGUCUGUCACAGGAAUAAAGGAGGUUCUUGGGAAUAGAUUCAAAAGCCAUUUUUUUUCCCAGCUGGGCCCCUGAAUUUACUUACAGAAUAAGCAGCUAUGUGCUAUUUUCCUCUUCUGCUAAACUGAUGAAAGAUUGACAGUAUGAAAUUUUUAUAUCUUUCCCCAGGGCCAGCUAUUACAGGAAAGGUGGUCGUGCAAUGCUGCCAGUCAAAUGGAUGCCACCAGAGGCGUUUAUGGAGGGAAUCUUCACCUGCAAGACUGACACAUGGUAUGAAUACUAAACACACAAUAUGCACUGUGCAUGACGACUCUAAUCCACAAGGCAGAUCUGUUUGGAUUUAAUAGCUGGAUCCUCAUUCCUUUGCGCUGUCUGACACCCCUUAUUAAAGGGUGAAAUAUUAUGACUCAACCCAAACUGCAGGCAGAUAUUAAAUUAGAAACAUUUGUCUUUACAGUUGUCACAUCACACACAGUAGAUCACUCAAACAUCCUUAGAAACAUCCUGCAUAUGUAAAUGUGGUCAAUAAAAAACUCAUAACAGAUGGUGAAGUGAAAAUCGGUAAACAGAUUAGCAUUCCUAAUCAUUUUUCAUGCGUAACGAUGUCAAACAGUGGAGACGUUCUCUCAAGUGGCGACAAGUAUCCCAACAGCUCAUCACAGCUUAAUCAAAUGUGGUCGUUAAAAUGCAUGCUUGGAGGAGUUUUAUAUAUGAAAAAAAAAGUCAUUUUUAUUCUUAAACACAAACAGACAAACAGAGAAGUCCUAAUCCAAAGAGCAGAUUAUGAAGCAAGCAUCUCUAAAGACAAAACAGCCAAAGACAUGUUUGUCACGAAUCGACUGUGGAUUUAAACAGCACUUCAUAAAAAUUCACAGCCAAACAUGGUGGUGGGAUUAUGAACGGGAUCAACUGCAAUUGACAACAGAAGUAUAAUUAAAGUCAGAAGAGGCAAAUUCUUGCUUGAGGUUGUUUUGGAGGAAGUAUCUUUUCCAUAUAGCGAGAACAAUUUCAAGACAUGAACGCCAACUUCUGUGGUUUCCUAUUUAACCGCUAGAUCCCUGAGCACUGUGAAGGAGAGUGCUAAAUGUAUUGUGUCAUCACUGUGCACAUUCGGGGAGGUCUAACAGAGAAAUACAUCAGAAUAGAGUUUAAGGUUUUUGCAGAAAUUGUGAUGAUUAUCAAAAAGCGAUGCAUAUUUCAAGCGAUAUAAUUCACCUGUAGUGUUGUUUGCUGUAUAUUCUGUGCUGGCAGUCCUUUCAGGUAUUUGGACUGCACACCGUUUUUUGAAAUCCUGUAAUUGCUGCCGGUUUUGAAUUUGAGGCCAAGCAGCAAAAUUCUGUAGAGAAAGAGAAAUGUACUCUAAAGACAGCCCAGGAGGUUUGUAGUUUGAUGCAAAGCAGCUAAAAGCUUUUUCUAAUUCAGUUCUGGCUCACAGCCAGGGUGUGAUUACAUCUCCAUCUGGUUGAAGUGUUCUGUGGAGAAAAUAUAUAGUAUUGACUCUGGUAUUCUCAGUCCGAGGAGGAUGAGAGCAGAGAGGAUUCAAUAUGUGACCCACAUGAUGGAGUGAACUCAGCUGUUGAGCUCUGUCUCCCCCUGCAGGUCGUUUGGGGUGCUGCUGUGGGAGAUCUUCUCUCUGGGUUACAUGCCCUAUCCCUGCAAAACCAACCAAGAGGUGCUGGAGUUUGUCACCAGUGGAGGCCGGAUGGAUCCUCCAAAGAGUUGCCCAGGGCCUGUGUGAGUACUGGCACAGUCCAGUUAAAGACGUGUGCCUGAAUACAAUAAACUCAUGCCUCUGUUUUUGUCUGAAUUUUAAGGGAUAUUCCAGCAUAAAAUUAAGUUGGGGUCAAACACAUUACUGCUUGCUUCUCUAGUUCUACCAACUUUAUUAACGACCACACGAUAGCAAUACACAGCGGUCUCAGGAGCCACUUGCACACCUCAACCAAAACGCCACUCUAUAGCCACAAAUAAUGCUCAGAACAGCACCAAACUUCAUCAACAGUAGAUAUAGGGUCCCAGCCAUAGAACUAGCCACCAAACAUCUUUUUAACUUUAAUUUCAGUAAUGAUCAUAAAUGUUCUUCCUUGAGCUGUGUCACCCCGCUUCAGUCAGUGAUGGACUCGUCCAAGCAUUAUUUGUGGCUAUAGAGUGGCGUUUUGGUUGAGGUUUGUUUAUGGCUCCACAGACUGCUCUGUAUUGCUAUCCUGCGGUCGUUACUUAAGUUGGAAUUACUAGAGAAUCAAGCGGUCAGCAACAUUCAUCUCUCGCGGGGGUGUCUAACUCUGUGUUACGGUGUGUUUGAGCCUAACUUAAUUUUACGCCGGAAUAUCCCUUUAAAUAUUUCUCCACUCAGACAGAGGACAGUAUUUUAUAAUAGCAAAAAAGACCAUCAAAGACAAGUAAUUUUAAAUGCCAGACAGAAAGUUUUCAAACAUGCUGCAAGUCUGCCUUUUAUACAUUUUUAACAACACAUAAUAAUAAUGAUGAUGACGCAGGGUGAGCCAAAAACAAGACAAACAGAAAGUCUCUCAAAGAGCUCUAACAAUUUUUAUAUGUUUGAAUUAUUUGUGCAACAAGCGAGAGUGUAAGACCGAUCUUUAAUAUAAAAGGUUAUGUAAUAUGAAAAGUAAUGACCCACAUUAAAGUAAUGACACACAUUAAAACAUGUUAAACUUGUGUCUGCGCAGCUAUCGAAUCAUGACUCAGUGUUGGCAGCAUUGUCCCGAACACAGACCAAACUUUUCUUCUAUCCUGGAGAGGAUAAACUACUGCUCUCAGGUACGCUCUUCACAAAACAUCUGUCAAUAUGCAAAACUUUAAAUAUAUAUAAGUUGCACUUUCUGUAAUUUUUUACUCUUAACUACAGGUUUCUCAUUUUUGUUAUUUUCUUCACAAUGCAGGACCCAGAUGUGAUCAACACCCCCUUACCUGUGGAGUACGGCCCCACCUCAGAGGAUGAUAGUGGUUUAAUAAUCCGUCCCUCUGACCACACCUCCACCAGCCUCACUCCUCUCUUAGUGUCCCACCCUAUUACCCAGGAUUCUCUGAGCCUGGGUUCCAGCCCUCUACCCCCACAGCCUACAAAACCUCGACUACUCCUCCAAAGAACCCAACCUGUCCAUCAGGAAGUGACAUCAUGUCGUGAGGUUCUGGAGCCGUCCUGGGCGGAGUCUGUCCCCGCCCCUGCUUUGUCAGCACCAGGGGUGUGCACAGCAGGCCACUGGCUCCACCCUGAGCCUCCUCAUCACCAGCCCUGCUCCAGGAACAGCUCCUCCUCAGGAAGCCAGAGGCUGAAGAACAAGACGAAGAAUCUGUGGAACCCCACAUACGGCUCCUGGGUUUUAGAAAACUUCAGGGGGAAGAAAACACUUUCUCACACUCAGUCCAUGCCACUCUCAGGCUCAUCCACCAGCUCCUCUGGCACUCAGGCUCCCCAGACCUGCAGCGUGACUUCAGACAGCCAUGUCACUGGGUGUGACACCACCUCCAGCCUCUGCACCUCCUCAUCUCCAUCCCCUUCCUGCCAGGCUCAGGCUGCUGCAAGCUCAUCCUCCCAUAAAACCCCAGCAGGUGGCAGUCUUAAAGCUGGUGUAGACCUGGCUAAGCUGCAGAGUUUCCCUUGCGGCAACGUCAACUACGCCUAUGACGAGCAAAGUUAUGAGGCUGAGAGCCUGCCUCUGGUUAAGCCCAAAACUUCAGAAAUGAUCACCAACACCAGCUCCGCCCCCAGUGUGUCCUCAGGAACCAGCCUGGGGCUGACAUUAGGCCUCCAUCCCUCCUCCUCCUGUAUGCCCAAGCUGCUGUUGAAACGCCAUGCCAGCUACGGACACGAGGACGUGAGGAGACACACCAAAGCUGAGAAACCUACACGGGACCGAGACUCAGGCUUUUCCCUGUCUGAAGACCUCAGCGUUACCCCCAUCUGAAAACAAACCACUGUAACAGGGAGGGACUCUGAAUAAUAACACCAUUCAGUCUCAGCCGGAGCCCCUUUUCUCACAACCCGAGACAUAAGUCCUGAAAUAUGGGAACAGCAAGUCCAAACACGAGGGCCCUCGCCUUGGUCUGAGCUACAACAUCAAAUCAUUAGAGUUCCUGGAAUGCUGGAAAACGCAUCUGAGCUCUCACAUGCCGUAAACUCUCGUCUACACUGUGACACAAAGAACCAACGCUGGACUCAGAGCACGGCUCAGGGCCUCUGGUGAACUGGUAGCUGAACACUGAAGCUCAAUUGCAGGAAGACAGGAAGCCCUGCGAUGUGUCGAUGACCACAAUGUGACAGUUGACAUGUCUGCUGUAGUUCGAGUCUUUUUUUUUCUACCUUUUAGUUCUGUUUUUUUCAUGAAAGCUUUGGCAGUAUAUUUUUAUUGCAUCAUAAUGAAUGAUUUUUUUGUAGUGUACAGUAUGACUUAAACAAGCAAGAAAAUAUUGAGCCAUCUGGGAGAGAAUAAAAAAGCAUGCAGCGAAUAAUAUUCAUUUAAAGAUACCCGAGAUACAGCCAGGUAUAUUUCUAGAAUUUUAAUUUCUUUCCGUCCUCAAUAAUGUGAAACACAUACAGUAUAUAUGCCUGUUAUACUGAAACAGGGAAUUCACUGAGGUUUGUCUGUUUCAAAGAAAAUAGUCUCAACAAGUAAUUAAGUGAUUUCAUUUCUUAUCUUCAUGUAGAUGGAGUUUGCUCUGUUUGAAAUCUUCCAAAAGUGAGAUUGCAAAACCUGAUGAAUUCAACUUUAUCUUGAGGUCAGUCACUCUGAGAUCUGGCAGGCUGAUGCUACUGGUGUUGGCCAAAUGUUUAAACAAUCACAGUUGGUUUCCUGGGAACAUGACAUUCAAGACAAAAUUUUAUUAAGUCCCCGCUCUAAGCCAAAAAAUAGUCCAAAUAAUGCUUCUUUACACUUGGCUUAGAGCAAACAAAUUUCCCCCACUUAUCUGGAUUGGGUUGUGAUGGCAACAGGCUGAGUAAGUCAGCCCCAUCACAGUUUCACAGCCUCUGAGAGAUUUCGAGGCAUCCCCAGGCCAGAUGGUGUCUGUAAUCCUUGCUGCAAGCUGUGGAUCUGCCUCAGGGUCUCAUCUCAGUUGAACAUGGUGGGAAAAUCCUGAAGAGGCCCAAACAACCUCACUUAACUUUUCCCUUUUAAAACAAAAUAUCAAGAUGCUUGAACUCCUUUCCUUGUGGCUUUACCUCAUAAAAGUGCAAUCCACUGUUUUCCAGCAUAGGUUCAUGCCCUCACACUGCUUGGUGCAGUGUGCUGACUCUCACCCUAACUGCUGCGAACUUGGAUGCAAACCACUACAUUACCCGCAUGAGAUCACAGUCUGAUGACAGCAACAAAACCCCAUCAUCGGCGAAAGCAGAGAUGUAAUUCUGAGGUAUUUAAAUCAGACACUUUCACUCCUGGAUAGGGCCUUAAGAUCCUUCUCAUGAUUUAUACCUGAAGUGGUGAGUUGAGAGUUUUAGUGGAACAGCACUGGCUGAUCUGUCCCUUUUGUUCCAGUACCUGCGCAAAGUUAAGAAAACCGGCUGCUGCUUGUAAAUGCAAAUUAAUUAGAUGGACUUGGUUACAAUUUUCUUUCAAGUCUUGAAUGGAAAGUAUGUUGAUAAAAUGUUAUACUGGGCCUUUAAAGUUUCUGAAUGUUCUGUAGCAAGAGUCGGCUCCUUGUGAUGUUCUGUAAGUAUCCUUAUUUUCUUAAAACAUGUUACAUACAUAAGUUCAUCAUCACCCUGACUCUUUUUCCUGAUGUCUCAAUAUUUACUCCGACUGCAGGAGGCCUCAUGAACGUUGAAGCUUGUAGAGUUUGCUGAUGACCAUGCAGCUGUGAAAAUAUUUGCUAUUUUUGUACUUACCUUCAUACACUGGACUAACCCUCUGCAUUUGUAGCUGUUUUAUUCGUAUUCAAGUAUGUUAUUGAUAAAUCUGUAUUUGUAGUCAAUCACUGCCAUUCAAUACCUCUACACUGCGUCUGCUAAUGCAGCGCUGGUAGUUCCUAUGUUUACUCAGCAGGGGGAGGUAUUCAGCUUUGAUAUAGCAAACAUGCUGCUGCAGGUAUCUCAGUGUAAACAGUUAAGAUUCAAUUGUUGAAUAUUUUGAAAAAUUUGUAUUCAGUAUUUAUGUUUCUAUGUUAUUCUUAUUUAAUCUAUUGGAUGGAUGUGUUUUUUUCUUCUUGAGCCUAAAACCAUUUCAUGAUUUGUUCUUGCAUCUUGGUUCCUCUGUGGUCAACAUAAAGUAGCACCAUUAGAAAAGGCUCACAUUAUUACUAUAAAGAAAAUUAAGUACUGAUCUGUUUGGAAUUUAGUUUCGCACCCUUUUUUUUUUUUUUAAAUGGUGCGUUUAAUUUCACAAACCAUGAUUUGUUUUUCUGCAUUGAUGUAGCUGAGGAUGAUUUCAACCUCAACCAAAAAUGCACUCUAUGCAAUAUACUGUAUUUCACAUUUUCAUCUAACCUAACUGUGCCCUGAAUAAAUAAACAUAUACAUUGAUCGUA